AUGCUGCACCUCGCGGCCCCUUUAAGGCGCGCUGCGUUCGGUUUGUUAUCUUCCCUCCCACCUCCCAUGCUGGCGGGGCCUCCGCGCUUGCCAUUGGCUGCCUGGCCGCCCAGCUGUUGUCUGCGCCUCUCAGCUCCCUCUUCCUCCGAGCUGGGGGGGGGACAGCCCCGGGAAUCCAACCCGCCGCCGCUUCCCAUUGGCCCCUCGGAAAAAAGGGGGCUGCGGCCGCCGGCAGCCAACCGGCUGGGUGUUGCUAGGUGCCAGGGCGCGCCUAUUGGCUGGCUGGGGUGGCCAUCAGAGGAGCAGGGGGCGGGCCCUCUCCUGCCCUUUAUAAAGGGGAGGGGGGUUCGCCGGCGGGGGUUGGAAAUCAGGGGCGCCUUCGGGGAAAGGGGAGGGAGCUGCAGAGCUGGAGGAGGCUGGAUCUCUCCAGGGGGGCCCUGCUCCUUCUGCGCGCCGCUUGCGUUGCGGGAGGCUGGAGAGGCUCCAGCGCCGGGCAGGUGCGGGUGAGUGCAGAAUUGGUCCUGAUCGAUCUGUGUGCUGCUGCUUUUUUAAUAAAAUGUGUUUUUUAAAAAAUAUGUUGCGGGGAUCCAACCUCCAGAAAGCGGGUUGAUCUGGGAGUGGAGGCGCGCCAAGCACUUGGAAAUCUAGGGAUCCCGGAGUUCUUCGUUACGCACGCUGCGGGGCGCAGAAGGAAAACAACCGCCGCCGUGCGUAAUGAAGAACAACUCCGGGAUCCCGGGAUUAUUUUGGGAAAGCGGGUGGGGAGGGCGAUCCUUCUGGCCAGAUCCGACUCUUUCCCGCCGCCGCCGUCCUCCCCCCGCCCCCACUCCGCCACUCAGUCCAGGAGGGAGAUCGGGGGCUGGAUCGGCGCCCAGAGGCCAAAUCGCCUGGGAAGCCGGGGAUGGCGCGCGCCGAGCGAACCGCAGGAGACGUGACGGCCCUGUCUGGAGCUGUGUUCCAGCCUCGCCAGGGGUCACUACUUAAUACCCGGCGUUAUUACGCUUUUAAUCUCCUGCCGCUCUCCUCCUCCUCCUCCUCUCUCUCUCUUUCUCUGUCCCGGCUCUCCCCCCCAAAAAGAGCAUCUCUAGGGUUCCCUGGAUUCCUGGCCAUUUCUGAUUGUUUUCAUUUAUUUCCUCUCCUGCCCACUUUUUGAAUUGGGAAGCUGGGUUGGGGGGAAAAUAACCUCCAUUCUGUGGGCACAAUGCAAUGGCAGGCAAGUCUACUCGGAAGUAAGCCCCCCUGGACGCCGGUGGGGCUUGCACUCCCUUGGGUUGUGCCCUGCCUCAGGCGUACUGGGAUGGACCCAUUGAAAUAAAACGAGCGUGGCUCUUGCAGACCCAUUAAUUCCAAUGGGUCUACUCUCGAGUAGAACUUCGCUGGAUGCCAUUCCUAGUAACUGCGUGUUGCAGCCAGUACUGGAUAUGCUCAGAGUAGGUCCACUGACUACAAUGGUCCGCGGCUGAACCUCUUCCGCUUGAGGCGCAUGUGUUUGAGACCCAACUUAUUUACGUGAUAAUAAGUUGCUGCAAACUGAUUUUAGCGUUGUGCUUCGAUUGGUGUAAAGACCUUUAGGGUGAAGGGUAUAAACGGCCCCAUUAAUUUAAAUAGGUCUACUCUGAGUAAAAGGUAGUUGACUGCAACCCUGUGUUUAGAGGUACAGCAUUUUUACUGAAGGAAGCCUAGAUCUAGCAGCUCCCCCCCUUCAUUUUUUCCAGGUUUUGAAAUGGUUUAUUUGCUGCUGUUGAAGCUUUUCCACAGGUCAACGUGGAAUCAAUGCGGAGCCAGGGUAGAGGGCUGCCUUUCUCUGUUUUGAUUCCGGUUUGCGUCAAUCCCCAGGGCUUGAUUUAUCAAUGGUACUGUGCAAUUCAAAAAGGAUUUGGAGAGGGUGCAAUUGGGUGCCCCUUUUCACAGUAUACCAGAGUCCUGAGGACCUUGAGUGAGGCUGCUUUUGAGAAAGUCUCUCUUUCUUUCUCUCUCUCUCUGUAGCUUGUGGGGUGAGCUGUUCACAAUUAUGUCUGGGUACCUAUUUCCCCAUUAUAAUUUCCACGAUUACAAAACUGUCUAGGGAAUGUGUUUAGGGUGGAAUAAUCCAUCGCAGCGUUAAGCCGCAACAGUGUUUUAAGUACGUUUCCAUCUCUGCAACAUCUUGCAACAUUUCAGCCCUUGCUUCCUUUCUCCUUUUGCCACAGACCCAUCAAGUAUCAGGUUGCUCUUAUGCCCAUUUUACACAUGUGGAAGACUGAGCAGGGGAGCCAGUGUGUGGCGUGGCCAGUUUGGCUAGAACUCUCGGCUGUUUCCCAGAUCCAAAAGCCUGGAACAGAUCUCUGUGUUUGGAUCAAAGUUUCUUGGUGGUGGAUUGGCACCUGGUUUCUGUGUGUUUGGUUUCCGGAAGGACAGAGGUGCCUUUUGCAAGACGUGUGUCCUAAUGUGUGGGGGCAGGAACUGACUGAAGACUUAUUUACUUGGCAGGGCACUCUGCACAGACACAAAGGCACUACAUUUCAGGGAAAGCCUCUUUUCAAGCUUGACCAGCAUUGUAACCCUAGCAUGCAUUAAAUAAUAAAAGUGAGACUGUGACUGUAUUGCAAAUAGCCCACUCACCUGUGGCGAGUGAACGUUAGCUCAAGGUAACCAAGCUAGGAACAUGGUUGGGGCAGGAGUCAGUACUUUUCCCCCUGCCGCCCAGGGACUGAUGUACAGUGGUACCUCGGGUUAAGUACUUAAUUUGUUCCGGAGGUCCGUUCUUAACCUGAAACUGUUCUUAACCUGAGGUACCACUUUAGCUAAUGGGCCCUCCCGCACGAUUUCUGUUCUCAUCCUAAGGUAAAGUUCUUAACCUGAAGCACUAUUUCUGGGUUAGUGGAGUCUGUAACCUGAAGCGUAUGUAACCUGAAGCGUAUGUAACCCGAGGUACCACUGUACUGCAGAUGGAUAACUUUGACCUGUGGGGGCAAAACAGGCCACUAAAUGGAUUUUGUGGAACAGAAACAUUGUUUGUGAACUUUGCAAGGCUGGGAUUGAAGUAGCAGUAAGUUGUAUCCACCCCCACCUUGCAUCUUCUCUCUCUCUCUCUCUCUCUCUCUCUCUCUCUCUGUGUGUGUGUGUGUGUGUGUGUGUGUGUGGAUCUACUUGGAUCACAUGGGACUUAAUAGCUCAGGAUGAGAUUUUCCUCCAUGUAAGGCCAAGAAAAGCAAUCAAGCCUUCAAGACUUUCUGCAAUUCAAGAAAGUCUACCCAGGGAUUUAGAUGGAAGCUGUGGGGUGGGGUAUUUAGCACCCUCCCUCACAGUGUAGUUCAUGGGUAGGCAAACUAAGGCCUGGGGGCCGGAUCUGGCCCAAUCGCCUUCUAAAUCCGGCCUGCAGACUGUCUGGGAAUCAGCAUGUAUUUACAUGAGUAGAAUGUGUGCUUUUAUUUAAAAUGCAUCUCUGGGUUAUUUGUGGGGCAUAGGAAUUCGUUCAUCAUCCCCCCCCCAAAUAUAGUCCGGCCCCCCACAAGGUCUGAGGAACAAUGGACCGGCCCCCUGCUGAAAAAGUUUGCUGACCCCUGUUGUUCACACCCUGCAGAAGUUAAGCUGCUAACUUCUGUCCUCCUCUCUUCUUCCUCUCCCCAUCCGCACCCCCACGUGAUUCUGUUUCUAUUUAUUUACCAACGUUGCUGCUGCUGUUGCUCUCUGGUCUGGUGCUGCAAAGGGCUUAAGGGUGCUACGCGAAAGAGGGAGGUGCUAUUUUUAAGUACAAAAUUCCGUCUGCUGUGCAAGGAAAGGGGGAUGUUCCCAUGUUUUAACAGAAUGGUGCCUUUCCUCUUGUGCAUCUUGUCCUUAAAACAAGAGGGGGAAACCCCCCCCCCCAAUUUCACCCUGCAGAGGAGAUAAGGAUAUAGGAAGCUGCCUUAUAUAUCAGAUCAGCCCUUUGCUCCAUCUAGAUCAGAUGCUCAUCCACUGAGCCCCAGCUCUUUCCCUAAAAAUUAAAAAUAAAAGCCAAGAUCCUAGCCCUCAUGGCUUUGAAUUCAGAACCGAUUCAAAUAGGAACAUAGGAAGUUGCUUUGUACUGAGUCAGGUCUCUGAUCCAUUUCAGUAUUGUCAACAGUGGGUGGCAAGGAGUCUCUCCCACCCAGGCUUGCCUGGCGAAGCAAAGGAAUGAACCUGGGACCUUCUGCAUGCAGGGCAGAUGUUCUUCCACAGAGUUAUGGCCCCUUCCAUGCCUUGACCACAGUCUUCCAGUCCAAGGGGCAGGAGGAGAGAGGACCCCAUUUUUAUCAGAGCUGGGUAUGAAGAGAUCCUGCUCUUAUAAAGACAAAUGCUGUUCUUUCGGAUUCAAAUGUAUGCCAAAAGUAGGGGGCAAAGGUGAGAUGGGGGGAAAUCAGAACCCUAUGCCAAAAGAAGCUGGGUUUUUCAAUGUCUGUACACCAUACAACUUUUUCUUUUCAUCAUUCAUUUUGCAGUGUUUGUUUUUUUGCAUGCUUUUCCUUCUGUCCAUCAUGGGGGGAGGCAGUGGGUUCCCCCUCCCCUUAGAAACUCUACUCUGCCAUCGCUAGCUCCUGAGACUCCGCCUACCGAUCUGCUUCCAAGUAUCCCUUUCCAUGAGGACAAUAAACUCACUUAAAAGUUCACAAUUUUUAAUCUUUUUUAAAAAAUGUUAUUCCCAUAAAAGUUUGCUUCUCUUUGCCCUGUACUGCAAAUAAAUCCCCUUUGGCACAGAAUCACCACAGUCAUGUGCCCCCGCCCUCAUUUCAGACUCUGCUUCCAGCAGGGCAGAUGAAAUUAAGAGCCUGCUGAAGCCCUAGGGAUUUUAUUUUAUUUUUUAAAACAUGCAGAUGGAGUCGCUGGCUUUAUCUCCCCCGUGGGGGCCGAGGGAGACAGCAAAUGUUCUGUCUCUGAGUGCAUGUCUUGAAGGCAGUGGUUUCUGAGAUACAGACAGAAGGGGGAAAUCCUCAGGCGGUGAAAUAAAACAGCCAACAAACUCCUCUGAUUUGCCGUCGGAAACAGGCCUUGCUGCAGUGACAAAGAGGAUGGUUGCUUGAUCAUGCACUUUCAUACAUACAGUGCAACCACAGAAGGAGGCUUGGUUAGUGGAAACUCUGCUAGGAUAAAAAUAGCACCCUGAUGGGGGUGGAUUUGACCAGGGGCCCAGGUUCAAAUUGUGUUGGGCAAGUUGCUGCAUCUCAGCCUAGCCUACCUUGAAGGGUGGUUGUGAGUUUUGAACAAGCCUAAGUGUGCUACCAGGGACGCGGGUGGCGCUGUGGGUUAAACCACAGAGCCUAGGGCUUGCUGAUCAGAAGGUCGGCAGUUCAAAUCCCCGUGACGGGGUGAGCUCCCGUUACUCGGUCCCUGCUUCUGCCAACCUAGCAGUUCGAAAGCACGUCAAAGUGCAAGUAGAUAAAUAGGUACCACUCCGGCAGGAAGGUAAACGGCGUUUCCGUGCGCUGCUCUGGUUCGCCAGAAGCGGCUUAGUCAUGCUGGCCACAUGACCCAGAAGCUGUACGGCGGCUCCCUCAGCCAAUAAAGCGUGAUGAGCGCCGCUCCCCUAGACUCGGUCACAACUGGACCUAAUGGUCAGGGGUCCCUUUACCUUUACCUUUUAAAGUGUGCUACCAUAGCUUCUGUUUAAAGCAGCCUUUCUCAACCUGUUGGUCCCCAGAUGUUGUUGAACUACAACUCCCAUCACCCCUAGCUAGCAAGGCCAGAGCUCAGGGAUGAUGGGAGUUGUAGUCCAACAACAUCUGAGGACCCACAGGUUGAGAACCGCUUGUUUAAAGCUAUUUCUUUUUUAACGUAACAGCUUGCUCUGUUUAAAAAAACAUCUUUUUCUUUUUUUUAGAAUCUCAAUGUGGUAAUCAAACUGCACAUCAAGGAUCUGGGGCUCUUGGGGUUUGGAGCGUAAAUACUAGGUUACUAUUAUAGAACGUUUUACAUCAAGUUUGGGCUUACAGAAGCAGCAGGAUGAAGUGGUGGCAUCUGGAAGAGGAGUAGCUAAUGAGAAGCCCUGCAGACCCUUGUUGGACUACAACUCUCAUCAGUCCCAGCUGGCUCGGCCAAUGGUCAGGGAUGAUGGGAGUUGUAGUCCAGCAAUUUCUUGAGGUCACUGCAUUGGCUGCCCCUCAUAUGGACUGUACCACUUCAGACUUGGUGGGGGAUUUGGUUUUUAAAUAGGGAGUGGGGAAGCUUCUACAGUGGUACCUCGGGUUAAGUACUUAAUUCGUUCCGGAGGUAACCUGAAACUGUUCUUAACCUGAAGCACCACUUUAGCUAAUGGGGCCUCCUGCUGCCGCCGCACCGCCGGAGCACGAUUUCUGUUCUCAUCCUGAAGCAAAGUUCUUAACCUGAAGCACUUUCUGGGUUAGCAGAGUCUGUAACCUGAAGCGUAUGUAACCUGAGGUACCACUGUAUCUUGUGAACCUGAGAUCUUGUGAUGAAGGGUGGAAGAAUAUAUAAUUUGUUGUUGUUGUAGUUGUUCCAGUUGAUGGGCAGGGCCGAAUUUGGAAGUGGAUAAGGCCACACACAGACACACACUGUACCUUUGAAGCACAUUCAAAGCACAUUUCUCUCUCCCCUCAAAGAAUUCUGGGCAAUGUAGUUUGUCAAGGGGUACCCAGAAUUCUUUGAGGGGAAAGAAAGUGCUUUUCAGGUAUCGUGGCCCUAGACACACAGAGUCAUGUUAGGGGUCCUCCACACUCUGCAUUUAAUGCAUGUGGCUCCCCCCCCCAAUAAUCCCGGGAACUGAAGAUGCUGGGAAUUAUAGACCCAUAAUGAGGGAUCUAAAUUUCCCAGGAUCCUCUGGGGGAAGCAGUGUCCUUCAAAUAGAUGUGCCCAGAGAUACACGCAGGUGUCACAAUACAUAGAGGGUAGAGUUACCUCUUUCUAACUGCAACACCCCCACCCCACCCCCUAGAACAGCCCCCUGCCUCCUGAAGUUAGGCUUGGGAACAAGUUCCUGUUUGUUUCACUGGAAGGUUUUUCCCAAGACUGGUUAGAGCCUAGGGGUGAAGAGGGGGGAGUCUGUGUGCCACAUCUGGCCUGUGGGCUGGCAUCUACUGGCCUCUGAUUUAAAUGAUCCCGUGUGCAAACCCCCCCCAAAACCCCCAAAAUUAUCAUUGCAAGAAGUGAGGUGAGGGAACAUCUCCUUAAUGUUCAAGACCUGCCAUUUCAAGAUACUGCCACCUCCUCCUUGCUAAUCUUCGGUAGUAGUAGUAAUAAUAAUAAUAAUUUAUUAUUUCUACCCCGCCCAUCUGGCUGGGUUUCCCCAGCCACUCUGUGCGGCUUCCAGCAGAACACUAAAAUACAAUAAACUAUUAAACAUUAAAAGCUUCCCUAAACAGGGCUGCCUUCAGAUGUCUUCUAAAAGUUUGGUAGUUAUUUUUCUCUUUAACAUCUGGUGGGAGGGCGUUCCACAGGGUGGGUGCCACUACCGAGAAGGCCCUCUGCCUGGUUCCCUGUAACUUGGCUUCUCGUAGCGAGGGAACUGCCAGAAGGCCCUCGGAGCUGGACCUCAGUGUCCGGGCAGAACGAUGGAGGUGGAGACGCUCCUUCAGGACCGAGGACAUUUAGGGCUUUAAAGGUCAGUACCAACACUUUGAAUUGUGCUCGGAAACGUACUGGUAGGCCCGUGGUCACUGUUCUGAAGAUUGUGGGGUGAGUGGUCUGGGCUUGCGGGAAAUAUGUGCUUUGCCUCAGUCCCCCUAGUGCAUUGGGGGCCUGACAUGUGCUCUUGGGGGGGGGUGAGCUUCCUGGCUUGCAGUCUGGACUUGCAGGCAGGGAUGACAUUUUUUUCCAUACCCUGCAUGUGAUCUCUCGGGUAGCCUUGAGCUGUCCUCCGUUGGAAGCAGAUUGCUGGGCUAGGUAGAUUUAAAAUCCUGACCUGACGCCGCCAUUCUUACUUUCUUAAAAGAACAAAAGCCACGCUUGGAGAAUCUCCCAGGCCUCUCUUUCUGGUUUUUGGCACCCUCGCCAGCCCCACAGCCCUCACUACCAUUUGCUUCACGCCCCUUACGAGUGUCUCAGGCGGUCUGGAGUCUGUCCCUGACGUGUAAUAUUUAGUUAUGCUCCACCUUUUGUUUCAUGGGACUCAAGGCAGCUCUGUGCUUAUUGCAUUUAUAUCUCACCUUCCCUACAGUUAGCUCAAGGUGGCUUACAUGGUUCUCCCCCCCCCACCAGAUUUGGUCCUCACGACAACCCUUUGAGGUAGAUUUGGACUAGCUCAAUGUCUUCUUCAUAUCUGAAGCUGGAAUUUGAACCCUGGUUCUCCUAGGUCCUAGUCUGACACACUUAUUACACACCAGAUGUUGUCUUUCUUGCCUGAAUGGCAAUGUAGAAUGUGGCCCCCAGAAUAUUAGAUUGUGGCCCUCUGGCUGAAAACGAUGGCCCACCCCUGGCUGAAAGUAUCUUUCCUGUUCCUUAUCCAGGUGUCAUGUGUGCGAAUCACUGUGCUCCUGAGUCUCUGUCAAGGUGGAGGUGUGUGUGUGUGUGUGUAUGUGUGGAAUGAACUUGUCUAACAACCCCAGGGCAGCACUGGAGAUGGCUGGCUAGGGGCUGGGUUCCUCUUGCGUUGAGGCUGAGGCAGCAGUCUUCCUACCUGCAGAUUCUGCGUCUCUCUUGGCUCCAGAUUACUUUGCUCGCCGUCCCUGGCAACCCAUUUAAUUAAUUAGCUCAUCAGGCUGAUGAGGAUCCUGGCCCAGGGUGGGUGGCGUCAGCAGCAGAAAACGGAUGGCAGCUGGUGGGAGGUUGACCCUGCAAUCUUGUCAUGUUUUGCACCCAAGACCCGGCAGCAGGGCGUCUUGCUUUGAGCCAGCGUACUGGCUAAACCACAGAGCCUAGGGCUUGCCGAUCAGAAGGUCAGUGGUUCGAAUCCCCACAACGGGGUGAGCUCCUGUUGCUCGGUCCCUUCUCCUGCCAACCUAGCAGUUCGAAAGCACAUCAAGUGCAAGUAGAUAAAUAGGUACCGCUCCGGCAGGAAGGUAAACGGCGUUUCCGUGCGCUGCUCUGGUUCGCCAGAAGUGGCUUAGUCAUGCUGGCCACAUGACCCGGAAAAACUGUCUGCGGAAGCGGACAAACGCUGGUUCCCUCGGCCUUGUAGAAGAGUAACAAGAGCACAUGCAAAGUGUUUUGUCACUUCAUCCUAGCCCCAUAUAUUUGGGGCUGGGGUUGACUGUGGGGUUUUGAGUCUCACUUGACAUCCCCCCACGCCAGAAGUUUUCCAUUUUAGAAAGUUAACGUCUGGUGGGAUCUUAUUCCGCGCUAUGAUCUUAUUUCUCUUAACUCUUUCUAUAAAAAGCUCAGAAAAGUUUGCAUUGGGGUUGGUCAGCGUCUCCCCGCCCCCCACCGCUGGAGGGUCUCCAUUUCCUGGUGGGAGGGGAACUUUUUGGUAAAGGUAAAGGGACCCCUGACUCUGACUCUGGGGUUGCGGCGCUCAUCUCGCUUUAUUGGCCGAGGGAGCCGGCGUACAGCUUCUGGGUCAUGUGGCCAGCAUGACUAAGCCGCUUCUGGCGAACCAGAGCAGUGCACGGAAACGCCGUUUACCUUCCCGCUGGAGCGGUACCUAUUUAUCUACUUGCACUUUGAUGUGCUUUCAAAUUGCUAGGUUGGCAGGAGCAGGGACCGAGCAAUGGGAGCUCACCCCGUUGUGGGGAUUCGAACCGCCGACCUUAUGAUUGGCAAGUCCUAGGCUCUGUGGACAGCGCCACCCGCGUCCCUGAUCAGUAUAAUUUGACUUAAUUCGACUUUUAUGGCGGUGAUUUCACACUCCAUUAAAUCACUUUCAAAGUAUGAUCUGCUCGUGACAAACGUUUCCCCCUGCCCCACGUGGUGUUAGUGUUACGGUUCUUCCCCAAACCACCACAACCACCCUUCCUCCUGGCACAUCUAGGAUCAGGGAGUUCCACAGGUCAACGGCAUCUAUGCCAGCUGCGACUCAAUGAAUGAUAUACGACAGUGAUUCUGCAGUGAGCGCAGAGAUAAAAACUUGGUUGUGCUGCAGCCACGGGGGUGGGGUGGCCGGGAGAGGGAGGGAACCACCAGGCCCUGAUCACUGUGAUCACUUGAUUUUAAUCGGGAUCUCUGCUGCAGAGGCUUAGUGAGCUAUAUGGGCUAAUGAGGUUACAGUGUGGUUUACGUGUAACGCAGUCUGUCCCACUAACAGUGCAUCGAAAAGUAAUUUCGUCUCUUCCACACAAGCACCCUUUUUUUUGUUCUCUCAUUCAGUAGUACUGCGGGUCUCCUACCCUCCCCCUCACAACCAUUGCUGUGAUUUGGGAGUUGCUAAUAGCUGGUAAGUGGAAUCAUAUAACUGCAGGGACCCGCAAUGGUCAUCUAGUUCAACCCCCUGCAGGAAAGUUAUGGAUCAGAGUUGAUAUUCCCUUUUCUUGUUGUUUAGUCGUUUAGUCGUGUCCGACUCUUCGUGACCCCCUGGACCAGAGCGCGCCAGGCCCUCCUGUCUUCCACUGCCUCCCGCAGUUUGGUCAAACUCAUGCUGGUAGCUUCGAGAACACUGUCCAACCAUCUCGUCCUCCGUCGUCCCCUUCUCCUUGUGCCCUCCAUCUUUCCCAACAUCAGGGUCUUUUCCAGGGAGUCUUCUCUUCUCAUGAGGUGGCCAAAGUCUUGGAGCCUCAGCUUCAGGAUCUGUCCUUCCAGUGAGCACUCAGGGCUGAUUUCCUUCAGAAUGGAGAGGUUGGAUCUUCGUGCAGUCCAUGGGACUCUCAAGAGUCUCCUCCAGCACCAGAAUUCAAAAGCAUCAAUUCUUCGGUGAUCAGCCUUCUUUAUGGUCCAGCUCUCACUUCCAUACAUCACUACUGGGAAAACCAUGGCUUUAACUAUACAGACCUUUGUUGGCAAGGUGAUGUCUCUGCUUUUUAAGAUGCUGUCUAUAUUCCUUUAUUCUCACAAAUAAAAGAUUGGGUGUGUUAUCCAGUUCCUGGGCUGAUCCAUUCCAGAUAGUAGAUAAGGAAUGGCAGCAUUAAAUGUUUCCUCCUCCCGGUCAAUUAAAAAAUAAUCCCUGCACUUAGAAAGCUAGCAUGUUGGAGAGAAGAGUUCUAGACACUGAUGAUUAUUUCAUGAAUGAUUGCUAAGGAUGGAGUUGUUCUCCUUUUUGGGGGAGAAUGCGCACCCAGCAGCUUGCAAAGCUUGGAAUGCGCAGUAAAACAGGAACCAUAAAAUAUAAACACUUGAUACAAAAUGCUUGUAAAAUAGCAGUGAAAGUUAAGUGGUUUUAAAGAGCACCCAGCAUUAAAAUCAGGGAACCGCAGGCUGGUAAAUCCUAAAAUCAAGCAUAUGUUAAUAGAUAGGUAUUCAUUCAGCAGCUGGCUGGAGACUAAAAUAAAAGGGGCUUGGCGGAUCUCCCUGGAUAAGAUAGCUCUGUGGUCUUGGUGCCAACACUAAGAAGGUCAUGCCUUGGUCACCAACCUGUCUGAUCUUGUGUAGGGGUACCAGGGCCUUUGAUACUGAUCUCAACUGGCAGACGGAUUCAUAUUUUUAUUUAUUUCACAAAAUGCUUACGACUGCUAAAUUUGCUUAAGUGAGCUUGAUGGCUGGCUUGUUGCAAGUGCUUUGCAAGCUUUUGUUAUCUUGGUCUCUCCUCCUGGAAGCCCCUUCUUUACUUCUGAGUAUCUGUGUAUCAGUAACAUAAUAUCAGUAAUGCACAGCCUGUGACAGACUUGAAUGGAUUGAGCAGGUAUCUGGAAAGUCCGGUGAUUGUGGGGUUCAGGUAACUGAAAGACUUAAAUUUAUCAGCCCUCUUAAGUUCAUUAUUAUGCAGACAGUCUGCAUAAUAAGUAGCAAGGCAUCCAGAAUAUUUUAUAUUGAACUUGACGCUGAACAGACUUGCUCUGUCUUUCUCUUUCCUGACAAAGUGAUCUGCUUCAACUUGUGUUUUCUUUGGGGAGGGAGAAUUCAUGGUGCAGAAAGACUCCAGAAUUUAAGUCUGCACAGAGACUGGGAUUUUGAGCUCUUGCCUUCCCCCCCCAACCCCCCCCAAGCUGUUGAAUUAUUCUGUGGCAAGCAGGAAGUAUUUUGUACAUGCUCAGAGGUGUUUAUGCUAUGCUCUGUGCUGGGGCGCAGGGGUCAAAUAAGGUGAAUUAUGUGGCCUCUGUGGAUCAUAGGAGCAAAUUAGUUUAAUUUGCAUAUGUGACUGUUCUUCCUAAUGUGUUCUUUUGCCAGUCAAGGUGGAAAACUGUCUCUUUAUCCCACCCCAGAUCCUGCUCUGAAUUCUGACAAUCUUGAAAGUGCGUGGCUUACCUUGAAACCCCUUUGUCUAUAGUCGCCACUGGUGAGAACAGUUACGUGCAAGCGAGUGGAAAGAAAAAAAUACCCCUUUUCUGUAUAUUGGACGAGAGUUGGCUUUCCUUUGCCCUUUCAUGAAGUCAGUCACAAAUGACCCGACAGCUUGUUGUAUAUGGCUAGGGUACUUUUAGGAAAACAGGAUAACAAGAGCUAUUACCUGACAGAAAGAAAUCUUACCGUAGCAGAUAAGGCAUGUGAGUUUUCAUUGAUGGAUCCACCAAUUAAAAUUUAUGUAUGGAGGGGGCGAAGGAUAGCUAUCAAGCAAGCAGAAUAACUUGUUAGGUGUGUCUGUUUCUUCAAGUAGGCAGGGUCUUAGAGCAGGGGUUCCCAAAGUUUGGUCCACGGACUACCAGUGGACCACAGGUUUCAUUCAGCUGGUCCUCAGUGGAUCUGCAUUCAAUAUUAAUAUUUAUUUUUUUAAAAAAAUUGUGUUUGUCUAGUACUACAAUUUGAAUUCUGUGAAAUUCAGAAUCGUAAUACUGUACAAUGAAAUGCAAUAUGUAAGAAGCAAGAAAUAAUACAAUUUUAAAAAACGUACAGCAUCUAGCACAGUGUCUUACGAUUGCUGCAACAGGCAGAAACAUUACGUGGACUGUCUGUGAUUUUCAAGUGGUCUGUAGAGAGGAAAGAAGCCCUAGGACCUAGAGGGAUUUUCUUGAGCGAGAGUAAAGAUACAAUACUUUCUUUUAAAAAGUUUGUGCUUCCCAUCCAUCCUAAGUUUCUAUAUAGACAUGCUCAAGAGGAUGCCACCUACAUUACUUUCCCCCUGGCAGUCAGGAGGACUAGACACUUUGCAACUUGUUUUUUCUUCUUCUUUUAACGGAGACAGGAUUACUUUACCAUUGACCCAGCAUUUAAUACAUGAAAAUAUGUAUUUUGAAUCUGAUGCUCAGAUUAGUCAGGGGAACGGCUUGUACCAAUCGGCUGACUUGCUUGAAUACUGGAACCAUAUGAUUAACCUCUGCAGACUUAACCUGUUAGGCUGCCUCCAAGGCCAGAAACCUGCUGUAAAAAAACAACAAAGCAGAAUGAUAGGUUCUGAGCCUGCAUGUUGCCAAUGCAUAAUAUAUCAUGGAUAAUUAUUGUUCUUUAUAUCAUCAUUUAUUACUGGGGUGGGUGGGGGGGAAUGUAUGCACAGCACUUCCUAGGAUAAACCCUGAUUAUACAGCCUUUUCCUGGGAUCAGGCGUUCUGCACGCCAGCUAUCCCAAACAUAAUUCUUGUGUUUUGUAAGUGGAAAGGAAAGGGCAGGUGUAACCUUGGCUGCCGUGUCACCAAAGCAGACAGGAAACAGGAUGGUAAUGAUAAUAUUUAGCUCACCCACACCUUCCGCAUGACAGUGUCCAAAGUCAUUUAGCAAGCCUUAAUUAGUCUCCUUUUUCCCAUCCCAACUAAAUUUGUGACUGCCGUUCUAGGCUCAACAAGUGGGCGAUGUGUUUGUGUGUCCAAAACACCAGGACUUUGGGUGCACAUUGGAGCACGCUGGAUCAAUGGUAAAGUAAUCCUGUUAAAAGAAUGAAAAGCAAGUUGCAAAGUGUCUAGUCCUCAUGACUUUAGGGGGGAAAGUAAUGCAGGUGGCAUCCUCUUAAGCAUGAAAUCAAAGAUGUUGAGUCAGCAGAGCUUCUUGAGGGCAAGGUUUGAAGAAAGAGGAUAAAGAGGAGUUUCCUGGCAAGGCAUCUUCCGAUGUUAUACAGGUGGGAAAAGGUUGCUAGACUAGAUGAUCCUUUGGUUCGACCCAUAACUUUCAUCUAUGUUGUUGAUCAAAAUAUUGUACACUGCCAUCCGUUAUGAAAAAGUUGUUUAUAACAUUCAUCCAUGCCAUAUGGACUAUAAAAACUGGGUAAAAUAAUUAAAACCAGAGGUCAACUAACCUAUUGCAGAAAGGUAAUAAUGGUUACUUAGAGAAGGAUCUGAAAUAUUUUCCUUGAAGCUUGAAUUCGUUUUAUUCUGGAUUGUUUUAUUUGAUGUUUUAAAGUGUUGUCAACUGCUCUGAGAUUUUUUUCUCUAAAAUAUAAAGCAGUAUAGAAAUGUAAUGAAUACUACUACUACAUAAAUUUCACUGGGGUGGGGGGGGGAGGGCACCUAGACCUUCCAUCAUGGCAACUGCAACCUGGGUUUAAGGUACCAUUUGACAAUUAGCUUAUACAGUGGUACCUUGGUUUUCGAACGUAAUCCGUUCCAGAAGACCGUUUGACUUCUGAAAUGUUCGAAAACCCCGAGGCGCAAAGGGUGGUCUGCAAAUUUACAGAGAAAGUUGAGAAAAAUACAGUGGUACAUCAGUGGAUGCUGAUCGAAUUCUGAGGUGAUUUCGAAAACGGAAGCAUUUACUUCUGGGUUUAUGGUGUUCGAGUUCCAAAACAUUCGUCAAUGGAGACGUUUGACAGCCGAGGUACCACUGUAUAUCUGAGUUUCUAACAAUGACAUUGAUAGGUGAUUUUUCUGCUCCCACCCCCGGCCUGCACUCCCAAUGGAGGCCGGUUUCACCAACCUCUGGGUAAGACUCUGCUAACCCAGAAAUAGUACCUUGGGUUAAGAACUUUGCUUCAGGAGGAGAACAGAAAUCGCGCGGCGGCAGUGGGAGGCCCCAUUAGCUAAAGUGGUACCUCAGAUUAAGAACAAUUUCAGGUUAAGAACAGACCUCCAGAACGAAUUAAGUUCUUAACCCGAGGUACCACUGUACACAGAACUCAGUGGUAGGCAGAGCCAGAAACACAGGCCCAACAAAUUAUACAGUGGUACCUCGGGUUACAGACGCUUCAGGUUACAGACUCCGCUAACCCAGAAAUAGUACCUCGGGUUAAGAACUUUGCUUCAGGAUGAGAAUAGAAAUCGCGCAGCUGUGGCACAGCGGCAGCAGGAGGCCCCAUUAGCUAAAGUGGUGCUUCAGGUUAAGAACAAUUUCAGGUUAAGAACAGACCUCUGGAACGAAUUAAGUACUUAACCCGAGGUACCACUGUAGUUUUGUCUCCAUCCUGAGUUCUGCAGGGACAACACUGAGAUUCAGGAGGAAGAGGAAGGGGGUCCAGAAGGUGCCCUGUGAACUGGUUGCAAGGCAGACAGGGACAGGCUGAAGUUGGUGGGUCCUUAAUGUACCAGCUUUGCCAGGUAUCAAACUCAUCUUUCUAAGAACAGCAGAAGCAGCCACCUCCUUUCCUGGUUCUGGCAUCCCAGGCAGGCGAGCAGAAAAAUAAAAGCAAAUCUGUGCUCCCAAUGACACCAGAGCAGGGCAGCUGCCUCUGGUAGGCAGGUCAGUUUCCUGGCUCCUGGGCCCCCCACCGAUCAGAUAAUGGUUGCAGACAGAUACUGGAGUUGGGAUGCCAGACUGGCAGGGCAGAGGUGGGGGAGUGGGAAACUGAGCAGGCAGGCAGGCAGGCAGGAAAAUAUAAACCAACCAGUGAUUUGGUCUGCAGGGUGAGAAAAGAGAGAGAGGGAAAAUUGCAAGCUGAACUGAUUUAGAAGACAAAAGGGGAUCUGUUUUCUCUUUACAUUUAAAUGAGGCGGGUGGGGGUGGAAAACCAGCUCAGCAGUCUCGGUUGGUAACAUGAUAUGCCAAGCCUUAAACUGAAUGGGCUAAAUAUAUAUCAAGCUCUCGUAGGGCAAAACAUAAAUUGGAAAUGGAUGGCAAUACAGAGUUGGUUCCCUGCGUAUUCACCCGCCCAAUCCUAGGAAAGGUGAUGUUGUUUCACCUGUCUUUACAGGUGUCUGAAGGAUGAAGAUCAAUAUCCUUCCAUUUUUAUAUUUGGAGGUCUGUUAAAGAUCGCUGUCCUAUUGUUGUUUAUCUGAAUCAUAGGGGGCAUUGCACCACCAACCUUGGCCUCCCUCCAGGGCUCUCUUAAGCAUAUGCGGUGCCGGGGUGCAAAGAUCUGUCCGGCGUCCGUCCCCCCCCUGGUGCCCUGUCCCAGGUGUGCAGGAGGGCGGAGCCAGCGGGCCGCCUCAGUGUCUCACUGGCUCGGUCGCCCCCGAACUCGCGACACGGAGCCGCCUGCAGCAGAAGAGCCUGUUGUGGCGCUCCAACCAACGGGCGGGCUCUUCCCUGGACUCAAUUCUCGGGCCCCGGACUCUUGGCCUGGCGCCCCUGAGAGCCCGGUGCCCAGGUGCCCCACACCCCUAGCGCCUAUGGGUAAGAUGGCCCUGCCUCCCCCCCCCAAAAAAACUUGUUGGGUCUUAGUCAUUGGCUCUGGCGCCACCUGCUGUUGGCCUCCUUGCCUUCUACCCUGCAAGUCCUAAUAGGCACCAGGCACUGCUGCCAAGAUGGUUGGGUUCCUCAGUCAAACACAUGAUCUACACACCUAGCUGAAUUCUCUCUCUCUCUCACCCCAAUCUGAAUGGGGAUAGUCUGGCUUCAGUGGCCAAUGCUCUGGUAACCUUGAGUUCACCUAGUCUUCCACCUCCUUGAGGCUGUCUGUUCCACUGUCACACAGCUUGUACCAUUGGGAAGCUUCUCCUGAUGCUUAGUCAGAAUUGGAGAACAAGUCCCUCUUCUGUGUUACAGCCCGUCAGACAUUUGAAUACUGAUUUGGUGCAUUUAUUUCAACUGUCUCUUCUCUGCAGGACUCCAGCUCUGCCUAACAUCUUCUGCCACUGCUAUUCUGUGGUUUGCUUAACAAACCAUGAGUUGUCCCACAGACAGUCCGACAAACCAUGGCUUGUUUGCCAUCUUUGUAAUUUGGGCGCAUCUGGGCUGCUCCAAACAAACCAUGGUUAAGGACGGGGUGGUGGGGUUCACAGAAAACUGCAAACCAGGGUUCAUAAGCCAACAACAAACCCAUGGUUCAGUCCCAGUGGGGCUUUUGAGAGUUGUAGGCCGAAACCUCUGGAGGUUGCCAUGUUGGGGCAGGCUGUCUUAGGAGUAAACAGAGGAGGUUCUCUGGUUGGUGGUUGAAUAACAAUUUGCUUUUCGUGGCUGUAAAUGGAUAUAUGCCACACCUCAGUGACUGCUUUUAAAACACUGUCAAGUAACUUUACAACCUUGUGUUAGACCUGUCUUUUGGUGACAUAAUUUACUAGAUGUGUGUGCGUAUUUCAAUAUACAUUGAUCUAAGCUCUUGCAAUUCACGUCGCCUUGUUUUUGUUUUUAAAAAGACAGGUUAAUGAAGUAGUAAUCAAUUGUUAAUCUCUACCAGAUCCACAGGUUCUGAGCCUCUGUGGUUAUAGACAACCUGCUCCUUGUAGCUGAAGGUUUAUGCCUUACCUCAAAGAGUGACCUUCAUUUAAAGAGUGGCCUCUUUAAUCACUUAAGGUUGCCUUUCUUUGGAUAGAUAAUGCAGUCCAAGUUUUUAUGGCCAGCAUAUGUUGGAUCAAAGCAAAAAGAGCUUUGAGAAAUGCGAACCGUCAGGUUUAAGGGAAGGGAAAUGGACUGUCUGUUCAAUGGUGCAGAAAAGAGGCAGGGUGCACUUCUUCCUGGACUGAUCCUUGGAUUGCCACUUUGCCAGAGCAAAACCCUCCAGAGCAGCAGCAACAGCAGCCCAAACUAGCAAAUUGCAGCUUUUCACAACACAGGAUCAGCUGCUGAUGGGGGCUGUUAAAGUAGGGUUGCCAUAUAUAUAUUUUAGGGAACCCCCAAAUUUGAGGGGCGUUUUUCUUAGGGAAACCUGGAAAACAAGUUGCAGAGUAUCUUUUUUCAGACAAACCCCAAAAACCUAAAAAAACAACAACCCCAAACACCCCAUGAUUUUUCAAUUGACUUGCCUAAGAUCUAGGACAUGGGUAGGCAAAUUAAGGCCCGGGGGCCGGAUCUGGCCCAAUCUCCUUCUCAAUCCAGCCCGCAGACGGUCCAGGAAUCAGUGUGCUUUGACAGGAGUAGAAUGUGUGCUUUUAUUUAAAAUGCAUCUCUGGGUUAUUUGUGGGGCAUAGGAAUUCGUUCAUUUCCCCCCCUUCAAAAUAUAGUCCUGCCCCCCCCCAACGUCUGAGGGGCAGUGGACUGGCCCCCUGCUGAAAAAGUUUGCUGACUCCUGAUAUAGGACAAACUGCUGUCUUUCGAAAAUUCCCCCAUAUAUCACUUCCGUCAAUACCAGGAAAAUAUGGGCGUAUGGCAUAGAAGCAGAAACCGUUUAAAAAGGUGGCAAAGCUUAACUGUACCAAUGCCAGAUUAGGGGUUGUGUAUGUUAUAAUACUGGAACCCAAUAGGCCCAUCCAAGUUGACAGCCAUCCCUACAUCUUUGGGGGAGCAAACUAUAAUAAAUAACAAAUACAUAAUAAAACAUUUAAAAAGAGCAAAUUAUAAUAAAUAAUAAAUACAUAAUAAAAAAUUAAACACUAAAAAAAAACACCUUACAUAUACAGUGGUGCCUCGCAAGACGAACUUAAUUCGUUCCGCGAGUUUUGUCGUCUUGCGAUUUUUUUCGUCUUGCGAAGCACGGUGUCGGGAAAGUUUUGGAAAAGCUUCAAAAAUCACCAAAAUCUUUAAAAACCUCAAAAAAGGCUACCACACCGCGUUCUAUGAGUUGCUCCUGGAAGUCAAGUCGCAACUGUAUUAACGGUGUUAAGAAAAGGAAACAAACUUGCAAGACGUUUCCGUCUUGCGAAGCAAGCCCAUAGGGAAAAUCGUCUUGCGAAGCAGCUCAAAAAACAAAAAACCCUUUCGUCUAGCAAGUUUUUUGUCUUGCGAGGCAUUCGUCUUGCGAGGUACCACUGUACAGUGCUUCCUUUAGAUGUAUUCUAAAGGUUGUAUAGUUACUUAUCUCCUUGGCUCAGGGGUCGCAUAAUUCCAUACCUUUUUCUGAUGAAAAUAGGGACGUCCUAAAGAAAACUGGGACAUUCUGGGAUCAAAUCAGAAACCAUGAUGGUUUCUGUGAAUCCGGGACAGUCCCUGGAAAAUAGGGAGGCUUGGAGGGUCUUGUUACUACCUCCAAACGUGGAGGCAGAGCAAUCAUGGCUAGUACCCAUUGAUAGCCUUUCUCCUCCAUGAACUUGUCCAAUCCUCUUUUAAGGUGGUGGCCAUCACUGGCUCCUGCAGGAAUGAGUUCCACAGUUUAACUGUUCGUUGAGCACUUCCUUUUGUUCGUCCUCAACCUUCAAACAUGCAGCUCCAUUGGAUGGUCCUGUUUGGGUUCUAGUGUUUUUUGAGGGAGAGAUUUCCCCCAGAACUUGUUGGGUUCCCAGCUCCCAUCAGCCCCCAGGCACCUCUGCCCAAUGAUCAGGAAUGUAAUGUAGUUAAGCAAAAACGGGGGGUCACCAGGUUGACUCUCGUAGAAUUAAAGGCAGCCUUGUGAAAUGGAUAGAUGUUUAUUCUGAUAAACGUCUCUGCGUGCAAAGCAUCUAUUUUGCCCUGCUGAGGAGCGUGAUUAAUCGCAAGGAUUUCCUUUUUUUGUAUUGAUGAGUUCUUGGCAGAAUAAUGAUCACUCGUUGUAUUUCUUUGUGAUUUGCCAGGGGAUGACUUGGGACAACAGCAGGUACAUAUAAUAUACCUCGGCACAUUGGCUUGCCUCGAUGCCUUUAAUUGCUACUUCCCCAAAUCCUGCAAAGCCAGCCAAUGGUGCAAGUUCUCUCAAGCUGGUAACCAUUUCAUUACGUGGAACACUCAUUGGUUUGGACAUACUUUAUCGUAUCUUUUUUUUUUAAAGCGUUUAUCAUGUGGGAAAGAGAGAGAAAUUGCUGUUAUUGGCCAUAGACACUCAACGCCUCUGGUGUAGGAGGCUAUCCAAAUCACGCCAUGUCCUGGGAGGGUUGCACUGUGCUAAUCACCAUUUGGCUAUUAUCUCUUAUAUCUGAGUUUCUGAGACUGCUAAAGCUGUGCUUGGCCCAGCUGUUGUUGAACUUGAUACCGGUCCCUGCCAGGGAUCAGGGGUGGCGGGGAUUGCAUUUUGGCAGCCUCUGGGGAACUGCGAGUCAGCCACCCCUUUAAGGGUCAACCUUUGGCCAUCGGGUGCUCUUCCAGGUGUUUUGGAAUAAUAAUAAUAAUAAUUUAUUUAUAUCCCGCCCUCCCCAGCCAAAGCCGGGCUCAGAGUGGCUAACAACAAUAAAAAUAACACAAUUUACAUAAAAUCACAAUCAAUUAAUUGAAAUGCAUUCUAAAAUCAAUUCAUGCUAAAAUCAGUUCUAAUUCAACCUGGUUGAAUUGGCUGGGGAAGAUGGGAGUUCUAGGUCAGGCUGCUGAAGGCUGAAGUCAACCUACACCUUUAGCAGUCCAAGACCUGCACACAUCUCCAUUUAAAAUAAUAAAAUAAUAAUUUUGCCACCAAUGUUUUGGAAAGGUCUGGUCACCAGUCCAGAGGGUGAAGAUGCACACACACAUGUUCUGGAGAUGCUGUGUUCUUGCGUUGCUGACCAGCUAAGCUCCAAUUAGCUGUUUGAACUUGAUCGUUUGGAAGAGAAGCACUGUGGCGGGGAGGGGGGAGAGCAAGAGAAUAUAUUUGUUCGAGCUGCUCUUGGCCGGCUGCCAAAAUGUGCUCAGCAAAACAUCUGUUGCUCCACACGGAGCAAUGCCAGGAGGUGGCGAUUAUGUGGCACGAUCCAGAAAAAGCAAGGGCAAAUGGACAUUUAUUUUUAUAUGCAUAGCACUGUAGGCUUGGAAGGGGCCCAAGGGGGGUCAUCUAGUCCAGCCCCUCUGCAAUGCAGGGGUAAGAAAUAAAUAUCUCUCCUUUCGGAAAGGCACUCACUACUCUCUCAGUUCUGCGGGCUUGAGGGCUCCCCUGCCCUCUGCUUUGCCACCGUGGGAUGGGUGCCAAUCCUGAUGGUGGGUGGGGAAGCUGGUUGCAACCCAAGACUGAAACUGCUGUUUGGCGAAGCAGGGAGAGAGAUCCAGCCUGAAGCGGGUGGGUGGGGAAUCUGAUGGAUCCGGCCAACUUUCGGGCACCAUCUGCACCUUACAUUUGAAGCAGUAUUAUACCACUUUAUAAACAGUCAAGUAUUCCUUCCCCCGCAAAAAGAAGAAGAGAGAAUCUUGGGAACUCUAGUUUGUUAAGGGUGCUGAAAGGCAUUAGGAGACACCUCACAGAGCUACAAUUUCCAGAGCAAUGAGUCCCGCUUCCCAGGGAAGCUACAGUUCCCAAGGUACUUUGGAGGAAACCAUGACAGUUUGAAGUGGUAUGUGGCUGCUUUAAAGUGUAAAGGUAAAGGGACCCCUGACCAUUAGGUCCAGUCAUGACCGACUCUGGGGUUGCGGCGCUCAUCUCGCUUUAUUGGCUGAGGGAGCCGGCAUACAGCUUAUGGGUCAUGUGGCCAGCAUGACUAAGCCGCUUCUGGCGAACCAGAGCAGCGCACAGAAACGCCGUUUACCUUCCCACUGGAGCGGUACCUAUUUAUCUACUUGCACUUUGACGUGCUUUUGAACUGGUAGGUUGGCAGGAGCAGGGACCGAGCAAUGGGAGCUCAGCCCGUCGCGGGGAUUCGAACCGCCGACCUUCUGAUCGGCAAGUCCUAGGCUCUGUGGUUUAACCCACAGCGCCACCUGCGUCCCUGUCGCUUUAAAGUGUAGAUGGAACCUAAAAGUUGCUUUGCUACCCAGGAAAUGGCAGGACAGAGUCUCAAAGUGGUGCUCUCCCAAGCCCACAUUCCCAGCAUGAUUGCAGUCCUGUCUCAGGGACAUCUACACUGGCUCAGUCAUGUUUGCAGAAUGGAAGAUAGCAGGAUCCCCAAGGACAUGGUUCAGGCGCCAGGCCUGUUGGCAGACUAACUGAGCUACAAAAAUGUCUGCAAACGUGGCAUGAAGAUUGGCAAUAUCAACCUUGCUGUGUGGGAAUGGCUUCUGAGAGGAGCCUGAUCACAGUGCUUGAAGGAUGGAUAGUUAGUUUGUGCAUCCAAAACAGUGACCAGAGGAGGAAUGCCCUCUGGGAGGAGCACAGAGAGAAGAAACACCAUAGUGUAUCUGUUGCAGCAGCACAACUGGACGUCUUCCUCUGCCCCAACUGCAACAAAACAUGUCUGUCCCAUAUCGGUCUCUACAGCCACAGCAGGCGCUGUAACUCUCCAACGGUCUGUCUUGCAAGAGAGAUAGAUGCCAACAACCCAGGCAAACAUGGGAUUGUGGGUUCAAUCUCUUACCUGGUUGUGUUACGGCAGGGCUCGGCCGGUGGGACAAAUGCGGACCCCAAGCUUCUCUGUGUGGCCCUCUGGACUCUCACCAGCCCAGUUCUACACCUUCAUUGUUUACCCCUGGCUGGAGUGCGUCUGUUCAUUCUGAUAAUGCCCAAAUAUGUGACUAGCCAAAAUUCACACCCGCCCACUUUUGCCUUUGGCCCCGCCCACCUGUGGCAUGUGGCCCUUAGAAGGUUGCCCAUCACUGGGUGCGGCCCUAGAGCUGAAGAAAUUUCCCAAGUACAGUGGUACCUCGGGUUAAGAACUUAAUUUGUUCUGGAGUUCUGUUCUUAACCUGAAACUGUUCUUAACCUGAAGCACCACUCUAGCUAAUGGGGCCUCCAGCUGCCGUCGCGCCGCGGAGCACAAUUUCUGUUCUCAUCCUGAAGCAAAGUUCUUAACCCGAGGUAAUAUUUCUGGGUUAGCAGAGUCUGUAACCUGAAGCGUAUGUAACCCAAGGUACCACUGUAUAUGUCUCCAGCUUUCAAAAAGAGAACAGUGUUCUUAUCAGCAUCACUUCAGUUCUGGACUUCCAGUUUAAAGGAUCUCUUAUCUAUUCCGUGGCCACGACUGAAGUUGAAGUUCUGUCGCUUAUUUGGCGCAUGGCUGCCCGACCAUGCUGAAAUAGAAAAAUAAAGUUUAUGUGUCCCUGCAACCCCAAAUAAUGUGAUGCUUCCUAACCUACAACAUGCUCUCCUUUCCAAAGCCCUAGCUUGGGUGUAUGUGUGUAGAACAUCUGCUUUGCAUCUAGAAGGUCCAAGGUCCAAUGUCAAUGUCAUCUCCUGGGAGGGCUGUGAAAUACCCGCUUCCUGAAAAUCUGGAGUGAUGCUGUUGGUCAGUGUCAAUGAUACUGAGCUUGAUGGACGGAUGGGGUGACUCAGCAUAAGUCAGCCUCCUGUGUUUGUGGAAUAUAUAUAUUUUUAAUGGGAAAGUAGGAUACAGCUUCUGUCUCACCAUAAAAAGGCACAGCAGAGUGAUGUGCGACACUGGCGUGAGUCACGAUUCUGCCAGUUUCUCUCACUGGGGUCCCUCGAUGCACAAAUGUGUGAAAAGUGUCUCAUUUCUUCAAGAGAGGGGCUGGCAAAAUGAAAACUGCAGUGAGGAAGCUUGGUGGAAGAGGUUUGUGGGAUGUUAAUUUUUUCUUUUAAGGACUGUGAUUUUUAAAUUUUGCUUUAGCAAGACUAGAGCAGGGGCAGGGAACUUUUCUGCCCAGGAGGCUAGGUCCUUCCCUGCCCACCUGCCCUCACUGUGACUGCGCUUUGUAGCCCUGACUGUCAGGACGUCAAAGAGCAGCAUGGACCUGUUUGAAAGCCCUUUUGCAAAAAGUCCAGUGCUGUUUUUUAAAACCUCUGGGAAACUGAGUUUUGAAGAGCAGCCCGGGGCUGGGUGGAAAGCAGCUUUCAGACAGCAGCGUGCUGCGUGCAUCUGUUCUGCAGGUAGCACAGGAUACAACCCUGAACCUGUAUCCAGUAGCUGAUGUUGCCCCCAUCAGAGCGAUGCCAGCUGAGUGGAAGGUGGAUAUGGGUUUUGAAACAACAUCUUGCGGCCCUCGAUUGGUCUGCAAGCCAGAGACUGCUCCCUGCCUGCCCACCCGCCCUCCAUUGAGAGGUUGCUAACCCCCCACCCCCAGUCAAGUCUGGGUCAGGUGCAGACAGCCGCUCCCUCUGAAAGUGGGGUAGGGGCUGCUGGCAUUACCAAGCUGCUCAUAUCAAGGGAGAGAGGAGGACCUAGCAGGAAAUGGCAGGAAAAAAAUAAGAUCAAAAAUAAUUCUAAACAGGAAAAAAAUGCAUUGUUCUGCUCUGGCCUCCCUGCCAGACCUCAGGAGUACCAGUUUGGCCCUGUGUCCAUGGCUGCCCUGGGUACCAUGCAGUGUGCAUGGCCCUGGCACAGAAAUCUGUGGGUGCCCAGCCCUUUCAUGGGGAAUUUUGUGGGUGCUCAGGCACCCAGGGCCCCAGGGAGUUGGCUCCUAUGUCAGACCUUGUGAGAUGAGUGCAGUCUAGACGUUUAAAAUGCACAUCAAGCAGUAGUAAGAGAGGAAUUUGCCCCUGAGCAUACGCAGAGUGCAGAAUGUCCAAUAAGAAGGCAUAGCCGCUCCAUACUUGGAAAAGAGUUGUGUAUAUAUGGGGAAGAGACCAUUGCUCAGUGAAUAGAACAUAUGCUUUGCCUCAAAUUUCAUCUCCAGUUUGAAAGGACCCUAGGUAGCUGGCAAGGGAUGCUGCCAGCCAGAGCAGACAAUAUUGGGCUAAGUGGGCAAAUGAUCUGGCCUAUGAUUUGUAGAUUCUUACAGGAUAAGGUAAGGUGGGGAAGUGUUUUCUGUUCAAGGGCCACGCUCCUUUCUGUUUGUGAAUUUUGUGGCUUUUUCAUACAGUAGGUAGGGUUGCCAUAGCUGGGAUUCUGUCAUCAUAAACAGCGUCCGGGCGGGAAUCGCUGAAACGUCCAGGGAAAUCCAGGCAUAUCAAAGCUCAUGUCGGAAGUGUAGCUCCAACAACUUUGUUGUGUCCAGAUUUUCACUUUUUGACAGGAGGCUACACACGCACUCACGCAAGCCUCUCUCGUCAUCUAGACAAGCGAGAGACACUUAUCAGAGUUCAAGGACACAUUCCAGCUAGUUGCAAUCAUUCACACUUGUCAGCAAGUUUACACUUAUCUACAGCUCAGUAGGGUUUGCCAACUGAUCUCAUACUGGCUGGCUCUUCUGCCCAUAAUAGCCAGCUGAUUGGCUGAGAGUGGCAGGGGAAGCCUUUUCAUGGGUGUGUGUGUGAGAGAAUGAGAGGGAAAGGGCAUGUGGGGCAGAGCAGACCUUGCCACCCAGGCAAAGACUCCCUCAAAAAAAACCACAACUCAUUCCCAACAAAGAGAGGGCGCAGCUUUAAACUGCUGGAGGGGGCGUUGAUUUGAGGGAAGCCCCUAUUUAAGGAGCAGGGAGUGGAAGUCAAACACUCCCUAAUCUUGAAAUACUCCAGCAGGAAUGGAAACAGAAGGCUCUGGGCUUUAAAUAGCUCGAAAAGGCCUUUUCCAUCCAGCCAGAAGCUGGCCGAAGCAUAAAAGAAGGGGCCGUGGGAGGCUGCAACUGGUUUUAUUUAUAUAUUUUUAUGCGAUCAACAAUGGCUACGUGUGGGCAUAGUCAAACCGGCUCUUUACACAGCUGGAAGCUGGAUUAGGAUCUGCAGGUUGGCAGCCCAUUUUCUCUGGAAGUUACCUUAAUCCUGAGUCAGGCUCUUGGCCCAUCAAGUUCAAUAUUGCCUACACCAUGGGUAGGCAAACUAAGGCCCAGGGGCCGCAUCCAGCCCCAUUGCCUUCUAAAUCUGGCCCGUGGAUGGUCCAGGAAUCAGCGUGUUUUUACACGAGUAGAAUGUGUGCUUUUAUUUAAAAUGCAUCUCUGGGUUAUUUGUGGAGCAUAAGAAUUCAUUCAUAUUUUCUUUUCAAAAUCUAGUCCGGCCCCCCACAAGGUCUGAGGGAGAGUGGACUGGCCCCCUGUGAAAAAAGUUUGCUGACCCCUGGCCUACGCUGACUGGCAGCAGCUCUCCAGCCAAGCCGGUCUUUGUCCACCCUGCUUGGAUCUGCUGGGGCAAAGCUGAGGCUCUUCCACUGAAACGCAACAAUCUCCCAGUCCUCACGAUUCUGGAUUAAGGGUCGGUUUCAUUAGAACCCCUUGCUGAUUUGGAGGUCUCUGAAGAUAGCAUCGCCCAAUGUGUCACGAGGGUCCCUGGGGUGGAGGAAGCAGUCUUCAUCUGUGUUUGGAAACCAGACACCAUGUUGAAUCAAGAUGGCGGACCAGUGAACCUUAAUUGGACAUUAGCGAGUAGACAAAUGGAUUUGGGCACAAAUGGAUUUGGGGCUGGGUCAGGCAGGAGCCCUGGGUUGGUUGUGCCCUAGAACUCACAAAGGCACUAUCAGUAUAAAAAACACAAUGUUUUUGGGUUUCCUUGGUGAUGCCGGGAACUCCCCGCUAGUAAACAAAUAGACCAGAUGCCCCAAUGCAAGGCCCAAAAAGCAGGACCUGAGCACCACAAAAACGCUCCCUCCACUUCUGAGUGGAGGCUGAAUUUGGCCAUUGUGGCUGGUAGCCUACCUGCGUUCCAAGCCUGCCUCACCUUCCGUAAUCCGGAAUCAGAGAGGUUUGGCAAGUGGCAGGCAACCUCAGAGCAUCUUGAGGGCUUCCCUCCCUUUUCCCCCCUGCUGAAAAGCCGAUCUGCUCAGUUGGCAGUUCUGCAAAGUGUUGCGUUCCCUUUCUCUCUCUUUUUUUAGGCUUAAAAGCGCUGAGUUUACUGUGAUGGCAGAGGGCCCUUGCUCAGCAGUUUACAAGACAAGUGAGGCGUUCGUGCCUGUCAUUGCCCUCCUGGGGCAGAGCGGAACAGGGAUCCGCGGUGGCUGGCUGGGGAGAAAACCUUCAGCUAGGGACAUUUUGGAGCGUCUGACGUUAGAAUCGCAAAGUUGGCAGGGACUCCAAGGGUCAUCUAGUCCAACCCACUCCCCCACAACACUGGCCUUAUGGUAAAGGUAAAGGUAAAGGUAAAGGGACCCCUGACCAUUAGGUCCAGUCGUGGCUGACUCUGGGGUUGCGGUGCUCAUCUCGCUUUAUUGGCCGAGGGAGCCAGCGUACAGCUUCUGGGUCAUGUGGCCAGCAUGACUAAGCCGCUUCUGGCGAACCAGAGCAGUGCACGGAAACGCCGUUUACCUUCCCACCAGAGCGGUACCUAUUUAUCUACUUGCACUUUGAUGUGAUUUCAAACUGCUAGGUUGGCAGGAGCUGGGACCGAGCAACGGGAGCUCACACCGUUGCGGGGAUUCAAACCACCGACUUUCUGAUCAGCAAGUCCUAGGCUCUGUGGUUUAACCCACAGCGCCACCUGCGUCCCUGGCCUUAUAGUAGCUGUGAGCUAUUUCAUUUAAUAUUCCACCUUCCCAGGGAACUCUGGGAAUUGUAGCUCUGUGACGGGAAUAGGGGCCUCCUCGCCACUCUCAGCACCCUGAACAAACUACAGCUCCCAGAAUUCCUUAUUGUGAUCCCACUUUUAAUGUAUGGUGCAUAUGGGGCCUGGGACCUUCUCAUCCUGUGGGGCGAUGGUACCCCAUACCCUCCCAACAUUUCUCCGAUGAAAAUAGCGAUGUCCCAUUCCACAAUGAUAAUUUUACUCUUUAUUCCACACAGAUCUUACUGGGUUGCCCCAGCCACUCUGGGCAGCUUCCAACAUACAUGAAAACAUAAUAAAACAUAUUUUUUUAAAAAAACCACUUCCCUAUACAGGAUUGCCUUCAGACGGCUCAGGGGUCAGAUAGCUCCAUACCCUCCAAUAUUCCUCCAAUGAAAAUAGGGACAUCCUAAGGAAAAACGCUGUGGUCUAGACCACUGAGCCUAGGGAUUGCCGAUCAGAAGAUUGGCGGUUUGAAUCCCCGUGAUGGGGUGAGCUCCUGUUGCUUGGUCCCUGCUCCUGCCAACCUAGCAGUUCGAAAGCACAUCAAAGUGCAAGUAGAUAAAUAGGUACCUCUCCAGCGGGAAGGUAAACGGUGUUUCUGUGCACUGCUCUGGUUCGCCAGAAGCGGCUUAGUCAUGCUGGCCGCAUGACACAGAAGCUGUAUGCCGGCUCCCUCGGCCAAUAAAGCGAGAUGAGCGCCGCAACCCCAGAGUCGGCUAUGACUGGACCUAAUGGUCAGGGGUCCCUUUACCUUUACCUUUAAGGAAAAGUGGGACUUUCUGGGAUCAAAUCAGAAACUGGGAUGGCUUCUCUAAAUCAGGGACGUCCAUGGAAAAUAGAGACACUUGUAGGGUUUGGUACCCCAGCACACAGUUUGGGGGUCUUUCUGCUUCACAUCCUCUCAACGCCCCGGGGGUUUCUGUGGGGGACAAAGUCUGUGGUUGAAACUUCGCUUCUGUCUAGUGAGCCAGGCGGAUGGAUCGAUUGGGAUCUCUUCUGCUCUCCUACUGCCUCCAUCCACUGCAGUAUCUCUCAAAUCCCCCUGUGAGUGAUCAGCAGUGCUGCCUCUGCUGAGCUGGGGGCAUGGCGUUGUGUUGAGAUUUGUGGUUUGGGGUCUUUUUGUUAGGGAGAUGGUUUUCAGCCGGACAGAAAUAGUUGCAGGUCACCUUUUGGGAGAUCAGUUCUUCUGCUUUUGGCAAGUUACUUCAGCCAGCUUAGAGAAAACAUUUUCUGCUUUCCCCCUUUCAUUUUGUCUGCUGGGGAGUUUCCCCUCAAGUUAACCAGAUAAUAAAGUGAUGAAAACAAACAAACCUAGGUAAUACAAUGAAUGCGGGAAGUGUUUUUACAUCAAAAAGAAUGAAUACCUUAUGGUUUUAGCAGAAAGGCUUUGUUAUGCCAUAUAUAGGUGAAAUGUUUAAUAUGUGGAAGGAUGUUUAAACUGGCCACUUCUAAAUUGGAGGAAGAACAGCUGGGGCCAUAAUGCAGAUCAGGGAUUGUCCAGCAACAAUGCUAUCCAUGUGCUUUUUGGCUCCCAAAGAUGCCCUUUUCCAAAAACUUUUAUCUUCAGCUGCCGGAGAGAGAUGAUUUUAGCAAGGGCCUGGUGUGUGGACCCCAAUCUAGAUCGGGGCACAUUCUUAACCAAAUGGGGGCUGCUGCUUUUUAUCUCUUCAGAAUAAAAACAGCCAGUUUCUGUGUAUGAAAAAUAUUCUGUGUCAUUUGGUCCUCAGUUGAUCGAUUGCCUGAAUUUUUAAUAUAUUUGAAACCUGCAUCAAAUCAGCAUAUGCCCCAAACUAUAUAUCUAUAUGAAAAUGGUGCAUCUUGCUGCUUGAAGCUUAUUUUUUUUAAAAAAGGUACCUGUAUAUAUAUAUUAAAGAAUCUGCCUUGCCUAAUGAUAAGCACUGUUUAAGUCAAUAAAAAUAGCCCAAUAACAGCACACCGUUGCUAAGUAGGUCCCGUAGAACACAGUAGGAUUAACUUCCUACUUCUGAGUAAACAUGCAAAGGAUCUAUUUCGUUCAAUAUUUUUUCAGCUGCUACCACCCCUAAUUGCUGUCAGUAUAGGGUUGUAAACCAUAAACCCAUGUUGACCAGCCUUGCACCUUCUAGAUGUUUGGAACUACAAUUCCCAUCAGCCCCAGGCAACUCUGGUGGGAGUUCUAGCCCCACAAAUAUAUGGCAAUUUAUUCAAUAAGUAAAAACAGUUCCUUGACAAUUGCCCCUUCCGUUGACAAUCUCUAUAAGUAAAAGGACUAGAGACAUGAUCAGGCUUCCCCAAACUCGGCCCUCCAUACUACAACUCCCAUCAUCCCUAGCUAACAGGACCAGUGGUCAGGCAUGAUGGGAAUUGUAGUCCCAGAACAUCUGGAGGGCUGAGUUUGGGGAUGCCUGGACAUGAUGAUGAAUAUAUUUUGAAUUAGGGGAGGGCCUUAUGAAGAUAUGGGGAGGGGCGGUGAUAAAAUAAUCAGGCGAGCCAUGUUUGAAGUGUAGGAUUUUUAGCUAAAAGGGGAGCUAAAAACGUUGAGAAACUCUGUCCCAGAUGUUGUUGGAUUCCCAUCAACCCUGACCAUGCUGCCUGAGGCUGGUGGGAGUUCACCAACAUCUGGAAAGCUGGAAAGUUCCCACCUGCCUGCCUGCCCUGGGUAAAGGAAUAUAGGCCUGUCUGGGAGGUGACCUGGGUCUCUAUUGAGAACAUAGGAACCAGCCUUCUACUGAAUCAGACCUUUGGUCCAUUUAGCCCAGUACUGUCUGCACUGACUGGCAGCCUCUCUCCAAGGUUUCAGGCAGGCGUGCCUCCCAGCCCUACCUGGAGAUGCCAGAGAUUAAACCCUGCGACCUUCUGCAUGCAGAGCAAGUGCUCUCCUUGAGCUGCAGGCAGUCCUUCCUCAUACUUGAAAUACUUAGGUGCUAAAACUACAAAUCCUGCACACACUUUCCUGGGAUUUAAGUCCCAUUGAGCUUAAUGGAGCUUAUUUCUGAGUCAACAUAUAGAUAAGAUUGCACUGUAAAAACUGGCAGUUUUUAGCCCCACAAAUGCACCCCUGGAGGCUUCGUUUCGUUGAUUUAAAAAUAAAGAGACAGAGGGCUAGAAACUUGAAAACUGGUCAGGAAGCAAACAGGCCGAACCUGUUUUGUAUUCUGUGUUGUGAAAGCACAACUGUGUUUCUGGAGAAGCUCUUUUCUCCACCCCUAUUUUUUAUCUCUUUUUUUAAAAAAGGAAAUUUCUAGUGUUCACAUCUCCACCGAAGACACCUUUCGAGAGAUCUGGUGUUGGAGACGUCGGCAUGCUUGCUAAAUUUUUCAUUGGCUUUGCCCGGACUAACUUCUGAGUAAACCCACCUAAGGUUGUGCUGUAAGGAAAGCCGUUUCUAGGAGCUGAGGGGAAAAACCCGGGCAUAUUUCAAAUUGCAUUUUCUUCUCGGCAAAUAAUUGGGGACUGGGAGUUGACAGAUUCCAGGUGUGUGUUGAUGUGUGAACCGGGACAGGUUUUUAAUUUAUUUGUUUCCCCAUUGCAAAAUGAUUGGGGCUGCUCAUGCAAGAAACAGACUUGAGAGGUUUUAGGUGUGUGUGCAUCUGCAAACACAAGUUCGUCAUUCACAACUGGAACUUGAGCUAUUAUAGAUGUUUCUGCGUGUGUGUGUGCAUUUUUGUGUGUGUGCGAAAGCAUAGGCUUAAAUUCAAUUUUCUUACUGGAAAACCUGGUGUUUCUCAUUUAGAAUGGGAACUUUAGAGAUUUCAGGGGUGUCUGCAUGCAAAUUCAACUUUCUGCUUGGAAAAAUAUCAGGGUUACUCCUUCAGAACUGGAACUUGGGAAAUUUCAGGUGUCUGUGCGGCUUUUUAUCUGUUUAAACCCUUUGUUUCACUUCCUUGUUUUUCCUUCUUCUGCCCUCCGCAGGUCCGAGCAGGUCGUCGACCGGCCCCUGCGCCAGGUUCUCUUCCCCCGAAGCCGUCGCCAGCGUGUGGAGCCUGCCCCACACCUGCCCCCUGCCAAGCCACGGCCUUCACCUGCGUGUUCCAGUGUUUCCCCUGCGACCCGUCUUGUGGGAGCGCCUCGUGGGCCACCCCAGAGUUCACCCAGCGCUCCGUGGCUCCAAUGGUGAAGAUGACACGGUCCAAGACGUUCCAAGCUUACCUGCCUUCCUGCCACAGAACCUACAGCUGCAUCCAUUGCAGAGCCCACCUGGCAAACCACGACGAACUCAUUUCCAAGGUACGCCUUGGGAGCGCCGGACCCCAGGGCUUGCGAGCGGGGAGAAGGGGCAGUUGCCUCCCCGUCCCGCUUGUGGGCUUCCCAGAGGCGUCAGGGUUGGCUCCGGGAUACUGGGCUGAAUCGGCCUUGGGCUUGUUCCAACAGAGCCCUUCUGCGCUGUUCCUGCGUGGACUGGGCAUCUCUUAUGGGGAUUUUGGAACGCCUCGUUGCCUUGGAUAAUAAGGACCCGUGUGAAAAGCUUUAGGCCGAGGAGCCGCCACAAGACGGCCACCAGGUUUUAUGGAAUCGUGUUGCCCCCUCCUCCAAAGGCAUAUAAGGUUCUUCUUAGGUAAAGGUAAAGGGACCCCUCACCGUUAGGUCCAGUCGUGGCUGACUCUGGGGUUGCGGCGCUCAUCUCGCUUUAUUGGCCGAGGGAGCCGGCGUACAGCUUCCGGGUCAUGUGGCCAGCAUGACUAAGCCGCUUCUGGCAAACCAGAGCAGCACACAGAAACGUCGUUUACCUUCCUGCUGGAGCAGUACCUAUUUAUCUGCUUGCACUGGUGUGCUUUCGAACUGCUAGGUUGACAGGAAAGGUUCUUCUUAAUCCUCACUAAUAACCCUGCGAGGUAGGCAAGGCUGGAAGAGGCUGGCCCAGGGUCACCCAGUGAGCUUCAUGGCUGAAUGGAGAUGUGGGAACUGUGGCUUCUUUCCCGCCCUCCCCCGCCACUGCCCUCCUAGUCUGAAACCUUAACCACUGCACCACACUGCCUCUUGGUUCCUAUUCCUGUAGAAUCAUAGAAUUGUAGAGUUGGAAGGGACCCCGAGGCCCAUCUAGUCCAGCCCCCUCACUGCCCGCAAUGCAGGACUCUCUGCUAAAGCAGCGAUGACAGAUGGCCAUACAAUCUUUUCUUUUAUUUAUUCAUUUUCAUUCAUUAACAUACAUCUCAAAUUCUUAGCAUUUACUAUAUAUUCCUCCCUUCCUCCCCUCCAACAAUUCUCACAACUUGCGUUUCUGGUUUGUUUCUAUUUUCACCCGCUUUGCUAUCUCUCAACAGGAAACGUUAUUAAUAACAUAACAUCAAACCUUAAAAACAUAAAAAUAAAAUUAAAGACAUGAUCUUAUUUCACUAGCUUCCAAACAUUUUCUGAUGCUAAUAAUGGGGAUGUUUAUUUAAAUCCUGCCAUCAAGUCUAUUGUCUUUCUUUGUUUCUGCAAAUAUAAUAGGAAUGGUUCCCAGUCUUUUUCAAAGUCUCUGUUGUCUUUUUCUCUUAGACAGAUGGCCAGACAAUCUUACCUCCAAGGAAGGAGAGCGCACAACCUUCUGAGGGAGACCUUUCCACUUCCCAAACAGCUCUUGCUGUCAGAAAGUUCUUCUUGAUGUUUAGCUGGACUCUCCUGUACGAAAGCACUGAUGUAGUUUGCCUCUUUUACACUCCUUCGGAGAGGCAUUCCUCAUCUGCCUCCUUGACUUUUCAGAUGACUGCAGGGUUAAGCUUGCGAUAAAAUGCAGUGCAUUUAUUUAUCCCCUAUCUAUCUCCCUUCUUCUGUGUAGGUUUCCGCCACCCCUAGUUUUAUCCUACCGACUAGCCUGCAGGGUAGGCCAGGCUGAGAUACGUUUACAGUGGUACCUUGGGUUAAGUACUUAAUUUGUUCCGGAGGCCCGUACUUAACCUGAAACUGUUCUUAACAUGAAGCACCACUUUAGCUAAUGGGGCCUCCUGCUGCUGCCGCGCUGCCGGAGCACGAUUUCUGUUCUCAUCCUGAAGCAAAGUUCUUAACCUGAAGCACUAUUUCUGGGUUAGCGGAGUCUGUAACCUGAAGCGUAUGUAACCUGAGGUACCACUGUAUUGGCCUUCAAAGCGGCAGGGAAAGGACCAUUCUCAGGAACCUACCUUGAGCUCUUUUGCCAACUGCAGGCUUGAAAAGUCACUUUGGCUGCCCAGAGAGGCUGGCUGUGGGUCAAAGAAGGGCACAGCUUUUCCUCUGACCAUCCUUCCAAGGACCUCAUACUGUUGGUGGGCAGGACCAGAGGAAAAAGUGGGUGGAUCAACGAAUUAGCAUUUUACCUUCGGACAGGAAGUUCAUUUCUAUAACCACUCUCGGCCCUCCAUGCAGCCAAGCAAGAGGCAUUAUCAGAGUCCAAGAACACAUUUCUGCCAGGCAAAAACAUUCAAGGAGGUUGUGCAAGGAGUGAGGCUGGAGGAGGGGGUGUGGCCUGGGGGGAGUCCUGAGGGCCAGGUGGAGAGGUGCAAAGGGCCCAUAAAUGGCCCUCAGUCUGGAAGCCCCCCACCCUUUCCUUUCACUUUUUCCAUUUCCACUUUUUAUUUGUGUUCCACCUUUCUAUAUUACGCCAUACACAAGGCUGUUUACAGACUGAAGAAACAAAAAAAUAGACAAAUCACACACCUAAUAACAAUCUGACCCCAUACAAAAAAGUCACAAUAAAAACAUUACUUUACAACUAACAAUAUAUUGAAUAAAGCAACAGUCAGUAAUCCGUUAGAACGUAAUAGCAAAGCGUAAAAUUAAAUGUCAGCAAAUAAUAAUUAAACUGUUUAGUAAUUAUUUAUUGUAAUUCUUAAGUGUAAACGAUAAUCAAUGAAAAUAAUGGAAAGUCACAAUGCAUAAAAUACCACAAAACGUACAAACCAAUGUAAAAGGAUCAAAUUGAAAAACAAGAACACUAGGACCCUUUCUCUUGCCCUCCACCAAAUCUCUCUCUCUCUCUCUCGGAAACUUUUCAACACAUAGACGUGUUGCUUUCCAAAGGAAAAUGUGGUCCUUAAUCAGCAGAUUCUAUUUGGGGAGGUACAUUGAUCACCCAAUGCUUUUAAGCAGGCCCCUUAAAUCCAUUCUGGGAAGUGAGCAUAUGGAAACUCAUUUUUUGCUUUCUCAUUGGGUGGUUUGGUGGUGCCCCCCCCCCCCCCCGCUGUCUUUGGCAGGUGUGAUGGUGAAAGGGUUUUGUUUCAGCUGCAUUGUAUCUCAUCUGUAAGAAGAGCUACAUGGUGGCUUUGUAGUCCGGCCAAGAAAGUUCUUAGGAGGUUUAAGCGAAAGCAGAGUGGCGACGGGCAGAUGCAACUCGGUUUAUUUCUGUGGAUUCUUGUAUCCCACUUGCUUUCACAAAUGUCUUAACGUUGUGGGUGUGGUCAGUGGGUCUGGCAGCAACUAACUGCACCUUUGCCCUGCCCAGUGGGUUUCAGAACCCACAGCCUCCCGGCCUUUGGGCUGACUCAAAACAAAGCCACAGAGUAUUUUUCCAGGUUUUGACCGUGCGCGUAUGUGCAGAAGUGGUCCUCUGGUUGCGAAUUCCUCAGGAUGUGCCUGGACCUCCGGAACGGAUCUCAUUCGCACCCGGAAGUUUGCACUUAGUUGUUUAUUUCCUUGACGACUGAUGGGAGGGCGUUUCACAGGGUAGGUGCCACCACUAAGAAGGCCCUCUGCCUGGUUCCCUGAAACCUUACUUAUCACAGGGAAGGAACCUCCAGAAGGCCCUCAGAGCUGGACCUCAGUGUCUGGGCUGAAUGAUGGGGGUGGAGACACUCCUUCAGGUAUACUGGGCCAUGUAGCGCUUGAAAGGUCAGCACCAACACUUUGAAUUGUGCUCAGAAACGUACUGGGAGCAAAUGUAGGUCUUUCAGGACCGGUGUUCUAUGGGCUUUCUCCCACAAUGACACCUAGAAACUUGGGUUGUCUCAUAUGAAAAGGAAAACAGGUGCUACUGAGGCAGCUCAGUUUGGGACACUUUGGCAUGGCUGUAGCUGCGCAAGAUUAAGUCCCCUUCCUUUGAGCCAUGGAGUGGCUGUUUUUGUCUAUAGCGUGGAAAUUCAGGCAACUUUAGCGAGUCACUUUUUUCAUCAGCUUUAUCCUCAGAGCUGGCGCCAGGGGUAUUCCUUGUCAGGCUCCUGCUAAAGCCCAGGCCCCACAGCUGUCAGUGGGGGCUGAUCUGCCCCACCAACCUCUGCUUCCUCCUUCUGGCGCUCUCCCUGUGGAGCGGGCCCAGAGAAAGAAAAUGCAAGUGAAUGGGUCUGAGGAAGGGCAGUGGUGGGGAAAUUAACUCUUUAUUCGACUACACCAAAACAGUGCAAGCCUAGUGAUCCCAGCAGUGACACCUAGUAGGUCUUGCCCCCAAUGAGGCAGUUGCAAGAACUGAAAUUCCCCACCUUCCCACAGCUGCAUAAAUCCCUCUCCUCUGACCAAGCAAUCAGAGACUAUGUCUGCAGGCAACCCACCUCUGCUCUGCUCUUUUCAUUUCUCUGCGUGUUCUGGGAGAUCAGGGAGGAGGAAGAUCAGGGGAAGAUUCCCUGAUCUUGGCCUCUCCCCCCCCCCAGCCUCCACUUCUGCCCCUGAUUCUGGACUGCUCUCUGCCACAGCUUCUCCCUGCUCACUAAAGCCCGUUGCCGCUUCCAUCUUCCAGCAUCUCCUCCUCCCAGGCCGCUCCCUCUUCUCCCUCUGACCUCUCAUCGUCAUCCCACCACCACAUCCUGGGCUCUGAGCAUUCAUCUGUUGGGGGUUUCACAACUGGUGCCUCUGCGUCCAGUCAGUCCAUGACAGAGAACCACUUCUGCAUUUAGAAGCUACCACCGUUGGCUUCCAAUGCCCUCAGCCAGGGACACGGAACCUUUUCUUGCUAGAGGGCCACGUUCUCUUCUAAGCAGCCUUCCAAGGUCCACAUGGUAGGUGGAGCCAGAGACGAAGCUGGGUGGAGACAUAACAACAACAACAACAACAACAACAACAACAACAACAACAAUUUAUUUGUACCCCACCCAUCUUACUGGGUUUCCCCAGCCACUCUGGGCGGCUUCCACAAAGACCAAAAAUACACUAAGAUGUCACACAUUAAAAACUUCCCUGAGCAGGACUGCCUCCAGAUGUCUUCUGAAUGUCUGGUAGUUGUUGUUCUCUUUGACAUCUGAUGGGAGGGCGUUCCACAGGGCGGGUGCCACCACCGAGAAGGCCCUCUGCCUGUUUCCCUGUAACCUCACUUCUCGCAAUGAGGGAACCGCCAGAAGGCCCUCAGAGCUGGACCUCAGUGGUAGAACGAUGGGGGUGGAGACGCUCCUUCAGGUCUACUGGGCUGAGGCCGUUUAGGGCUUUAAAGAUCAGCACCAACACUUUGAAUUGUGCUCGGAAACGUACUGGGAGCCAAUGUAGGUCUUUCAAGACCAGUGUUAUAUGGUCUCGGCGGCCACCCCCAGUCACCAGUCUAGCUGCCGCAUUCUGGAUUAGUUGUAGUUUCUGGGUCACCUUCAAAGGUAGCCCCACAUAGAGUGCAUUUCAGUAGUCCAAGCCGUAGAUAACUAGAGCAUGCACCACUCUGGCAAGACAGUCCACAGGCAGGUAGGGUCUCAGCCUGCGUACCAGGUGGAGCUGGUAGACAGCUGCCCUGGAUACAGAAUUGAUCUGUGCCUCCAUGGGCAGCCGUGAGUUCAAAAUGACUCCCAGGCUGCGCACAGUUACCCCAUUCAGGAUCAGGGAGUCCUCCACACCAGCCCACCCCCUGUCCCCCAAGAAACAAAGGUAAAUGUACUGCAGGCUAAUUUCUGCACCCACUCACGCAGGCCCCUCUGCCUGUCCUCCGUCCUGGCAAGCAAGGGGCAUGAGCAGAGAUCAAAAACACCUUUCAGCUAAGCCCAAACACCCUCACUUUGGAUGUGCAGCAAGUCCAGUGAAGGGCGCGGCCUGGGGAAAGAGGGUGUGGCCUCAAGAGAGUUCCAAGGGCCAGAGAGAGAGGCCUGGGGGCCACAUCUGGCCCCCCGACUUGAGAUUCUACCCAAGCCUGCCCUAAAUGAGGGGAAUUUGGCGUUUUUUGUGACACAUUGUAGCUCUCUCAAACACAGGCAUGCCGUCCUAACAAUAGGUUGCUUUUUCUGACUUGGAUGCCUCCAUCUGUCUCUCUUUUUUUAAAAAAAGGAGGAGAAAUAACCCAACAGUGAUGUCCUUGAUUAUGGAAAUAUGUAGGGAAUGCUUUGCCGGCCUUCCCACACCUCCUUUUCCCUCCUUCUCUUCAAAUGGGCUCUCCCAAUCCAAGUACUCAGACUGCUCUCUUGGAGACGUCUGUAGGGCUUUGAGCUGCCCUUUCAGUAAUUCCACCCCCCCUCCCCAUAAAUCUCUUCCCUUUUAAGAAUCCUUUUCUGGGCACAGCUGCAAACCUCCUGGAGGGAAAUCAAAGCAAAUUAAAAAAACAACACAGGACAGUAAAGCCCGAACUGUGUGGCAUGGCCUGAGAUUGCCUGCAGAGGAGGGUGCCCGGUGGGUCUCUGUGUGAUCCAUAGCUCCAUCCUCUGAUCACUUUCCAGUUGGAUUCCUUGCGGGGAAGCAAGUAAUUUCGAUGGAGUCAUUCAAUCCUUUCUGUGACCGAGACACAUUCAGGUGGUUUGUGUUUUACUUGCCUGUAAAAAUGCAAUUGAAAACCAUACAGCACCUAGCACAGCACGUUACAAUUCCUACGAAAGGAAUAAUAAUAAUAAUAAUAAUAAUAAUAAUAAUAAUGAUAUUUUUUAAAAAAUGUAAUUAUACCUCAUCCCUCUGGCUGGGUUUCCCCAGCCACUCUGGGUGGCUUCCAGCACAUAAUAAAACAUCAAAUAUUACAAACUUCCCAAUACAGGGCUGCCUUCAGAUGUCUUCUAAAAGUUGAGCAGUGGUACCUCAGGUUAAGUACUUAAUUCGUUCUGGAGGUCCGUACUUAACCUGAAACUGUUCUUAACUUGAAGCACCACUUUAGCUAAUGGGGCCUCCUGCUGCUGCUGCACUGCCGGAGCCCGAUUUCUGUUCUCAUCCUGAAGCAAAGUUCUUAACCUGAAGCACUGUUUCUGGGUUAGCGGAGUCUGUAACCUGAAGCGUAUGUAACCUGAGGUACCACUGUAUAGUUAUUUAUCUCCUUGACAUCUGAUGGGAGGGCGUUCCGUUGAGUGGUCCACCAAGACCCUCAGCAGUUUUCAAAUGGUCUGAGGUAGAGGGAGAAGUUGGAGACCAUUGCUCUACAUUGUCUCUUUGCCCCUUCCCCUAAUCCUCCCCAGUAUACUGGGAACCAGAAGUGUUUCCCUCAGUUCCUGCUUUCAGGCUUUCCAUAAGCGUCUGGUUUGCCCCUGUGAGAUCAUGGCGCUGAACUGGUUUAGCCUGAACUAGCAGGUUAUUCUUCCUGUUCCUGCCUCCAGGCUAAACAUAUUCUGCCUUUCCCAAACACGGCUUGGUCUCCAACCCCCCUCACCAUUUUUAUCUCCUUGCCCCGGGGAACAUUCCAGAACAUUGCCAUUUCUUCUCAUUAUUUGGUCACUUCGCUUUUUUGUUUCUUUGUUAUUGAUGCUGCCUAGAAUUGCAUUAGCCCUUUUAGACGCUGCGUCACGCUUCCGGCUCAUGUUUUCCUUGCACCCGCAUUUCCGUUCAUUUUCAGAUUAAUGUUUCAGAUAAAAACCACACAGAUCCCGUUUGUCAUCUCAUAAUUCAUGUCAGGGCCGCGAAUCCUCUGGGCUUUUUAUUGGGCCAAGACAGUCUACUUGCUUAAAUUAUUACUUUUUCCCCCAGUAGUAAAUCUGGAUGAUUUAACUUGUUGGGUUUGGGUUUCUCCACGACCUGUCAGUCUUGAGGGAAUAAAUUGCCGUUCUCCUGUUUUCUGAUCGUUCAGAAGUAGGAUUCUUUUGUUUGUAAGGCUGUUUCCCAACGAGAUAAGAGAGAACUGUAAGGGUAGUAUUAUGUAAAAAGAAUUAGCAUUUAUAUAGAGCUCUGGAUGUUCAGUGUUCCUUGUGAAUAUUAACACCGCAGUCUUCCCAAAAGGUAUGUGAAAGAAAGCUGCGUUAUUAUCUCCACAUUGCAUUAUGGGUGGCUGCAUGUUUACUUCGUACAGCAGCUGCAUUAAGACGUUUGAGCAAGUACCGCAACUGCCAACACCUCCAGUGACAUCUUUUCCCCCCUCCAUCAAAUCAGUCCCUCUCUUGACACCCAGGAAGACAAAUCUGGGCAAAAAUUGAGUCCAGCAGAAUUAGUACAUACAAGCACAUACAGUCAUACCUUGGAGUGCCAAACGCCUUGCGAGUCAAAUGUGCUGGCUCCUGAACUCCGCAAACUUGGAAUAAUUAAUAAUUAUUAAUAAUAGUAAUAAUAAUUUAUUAUUUAUACCACGCCCAUCUGGCUGAGUUUCCCCAGCCACUCUGGGCGGCUCCCAAUCGAGUGUUAAAAACAAUACAGCAUUAAAUAUUAAAAACUGCCUUCAGAUGUCUUUUAAAAAUAAGACAGCUGCUUAUUUCCUUGACAUCUGAUGGGAGGGCGUUCCAAAGGGCGGGCGCCACCACUGAGAAGGCCCUUUGUCUGGUUCCCUGUAACCUCACUUCUCGCAAUGAGGGAACCGCCAGAAGGCCCUCGGCACUGGAUCUCAGUGUUCUGGUUUGUGAACGUUCUUUGAAACCUGAACGUCCGACACUGCUUCCGAUUGGAUGCAUGUUAUUAGCUUUGUAUCUUCCAGAGGGAGCCUAGGAUUCCUGAGGGGCAGAUGAACUUACGCCCUGCCAUAGCAGGACAGCCGGGGGGGGGGGGAUGCACAUAUUUAUAUGCUAAUCCAGUGCCCAAUUUAGGGCUGUCCCCCCCCCCAAAAAAAGGGGGCACAAAAUUGAGAAGAUCCAUUUGGGAGUGCCAGAUUUGGGCCUUGCACAGGGCUCCGUAGUACGAAAGAUUACCAAAGUCCGCCCCUAUCCUAAUGUGUGUUAAUCAUAAUUUGGGGGGACCAAAGUUACCUUUCCUCUUGAUUAAAGGUAAAGGGUAAAGGGACCCCUACAAUUAAGUCCAGUCACGAACGACUCUGGGGUUGCGGCACUCACCUCUCUUUAAAGGCCGGCGUUUGUCCGCUUCCGCAGACAGUUUUCCCGGGUCAUGUGGCCAGCAUGACUAAGCCGCUUCUGGCGAAACCAGAGCAGUGCACGGAAACGCCGUUUACCUUCCCGCCGUAGCGGUACCUAUUUAUCUAGUUGCACUGGCGUGCUUUCGAACUGGUACGUUGGCAGGAGCAGGGACCAAGCAACGGGACCUCACUCUGUCGCGGGGAUUCGAACCGCUGACCUUUCGAUCGGCAACCCCAAGCAGCACGGUGGUUUAACCCACAGCGCCACCCGCGUCCUUUCCUCUUGAUUUUGUUGUUGUUUAGUCGUGUCCGACUCUUUGUGACCCCCUGGACCAGAGCACGCCAGGCACUCCUGUCUUCCACUGCCGCCUGCAGUUUGGUCAAACUCAUGCUGGUAGCUUUGAGAACACUGUCCAACCAUCUCGUCCUCUGUCGUCCCCUUCUCCUUGUGCCCUCCAUCUUUCCCAACAUCUUCUCAUGAGGUGGCCAAAGUAUUGGAGCCUCAGCUUCAGGAUCUGUCCUUCCAGUGAGCACUCAGGGCUGAUUUCCUUCAGAAUGGAGAGGUUUGAUCUGCUUGCAGUCCAUGGGACUCUCAAGAGUCUCCUCCAGCACCAUAAUUCAAAAGCAUCAAUUCUUUGGCGAUCGACCUUCCUUAUGGUCCAGCUCUCACUUCCAUACAUCACUACUGGGAAAACCAUGGCUUUAACUAUACGGACCUUUGUUGGCAAGGUGAUGUCUUUGCUUCCUCUUGAUUACCUAUCCCCAUAGAAAGCUGCCGUAUACAGAGUCAGACCAUUGGUCCAUAUAGCUCAGUAUUGUCCACAGUCCUCCAGGAUUUCAGGUAAGGGAAUCUUUUCCCAGCCUCUACCUAGAAAUGCCAUUGGGGCGUUCUGCACUUCAAGCAGAUGUCCUACCACUCAGUUACGGCUCCUUCCCACUCUGUGGUUUGGCCUCCUUUCCCCCCUUCAACUAAUUUAAAGUCCACCCCCCACUAUCUGCCCCCUUGCACACUCCAGAGGUAUCUUGUGGCCUGCUUCUUUGGGGUAUGUGUGAGGUGCUUUGUUUAUUUUAUUUUUAAGCCUCUGGUGGAGAUUUCUGAACUGGUGGGCUGGAAGGGAAAUGGAGUGGGUGUAGGAGCUGCGACUGCUGAUUAAAAAUAGAUCUGAAUCAUUCCAUCUGACCUGAGGGGGAUCAACAGCUUCGGCGUUGACCUUUCGGAUCUGAAAUCUGCUAAGUGUUUCUAUGGUAAUUGGGUCCCUCUCUGGGGCUAAUCAAAGAUUUUUUUUAAGCCGGAUGAAAACCCUGCAGAGAAUGUGUGUGAGAGAAAGAAUGAAUUAUUCCUGCAGUCCCUUGUUUACGAUUCCUAAUGUCUCUAGUGCAGAGACCCGAGCAAGGACCUUGUGUGAAGCAGCCAUGAAAUCAGGUGGAUUUGGUUGAAAGACUGGGGUCAGUAGCUUUCAAAUUAAUUCAUACCUAUCUUGUGCAUCUGGGUGGCUAAACAGUUCCAGUUUUAUGCUAGGUAGCUCAGCCUUGCAGUUCUGGGGGAGGUGAUUUAUGCUUAGUCUCCUGUGGCGAGUCAGAGUUUACCUCUAGGCGAUCAGGCAGUCAAGGUUUCUUCUUCAAAUCAGAGAGUAGUUGUUUCUUUUUUUUCGCCUUGGCCAUGAAACAGCUCACCCAUCCCUAGUUUAUUAGAAAUUCUGUCUGGGCAGGCAGGGUAGCAGGAAUGUCUGUGGGCCAGAAACUUUGGUUGCUGCAAGGCAGAAGUAAUAUGCUGAUGUGUCUUUCCCUAGACUUUGAAGAAAACAAUUGUUCUGUUGGAAGAUGAGAGUGUCUGCCUUACAGUUAGCAGUGCAGGAACUAUUCUUGGCUGGUUUUGAUGAGAAACUCAAAAACCAACCCUACCUAUUUCUUUGAGCUGGGAUGGGGAACACACACACACACACACACACACACACACACAGAGUUUUUGUUUUGUUUUCCAUAGUCCGGCUUACUGUGUUCUCUGUUAUUCACAAAGGGUGUGUGGCUCUUUGAAACCUUUGCAUGAGAUGGAAAAGUUUCCUUGCCACAUAUUUAAUUCAAACCAAAUGGUGUUGUGUUUUUUGUUGUUGUGUGUGUGUGUUUUUUGCAAACAUCCCAAGAGGUUGGAGGGGAGGGGAAACAGUCUGUGUUCCACUCUGCAGAACUCAGAUGGGGAGAUGGGGUGGGGGGUAGCCCUUUAAAUGGAGGUAGAGUCUGUUUAUUCUUCUUGUGGGCGGGCCAUUUCAUGUGACUGAGCCAGUCUUCAGGGGACCAAUCAAAAGGUGUCUGGUACAUUUGUGUGUUUCAAGGGUGGGAUGAAGCCAGAGGAGAGCUGGUUGCUAAUGUCACUUGAGGACACCGAGUCAGAGGUGCCAUAAACCUCUGGCUGGAGUGGGGAGGGGGCGGUCCUGCAAUCUGGAGAUCCGGCAUUUGGUAUGUCAACAGAGGACCCUGGGAUCAGAAGGUCUGGGGUUUGUUAUGCCAAUUAACUAUGUUCCAAAGUCUGAAAAUAUUGCAAGCCCUUUUUAUUUUUAUUUUUGUGAUCUAGAUGCAUUUUUGUAAUCUAGAUGCAAUCCAGAUUACAUCUAGAUGUAAUCUGAAAGACCAUUUCACUCUCUUAAAACAAGAACCUGAGCUUCUCUCUCUCUCCCUCUCCCCAACCUACAACGUACACUAUUCUCUCAUCCUCUUAAACAUCUCCUCCUACACUGUUAACUUUUCUGACCUGCAGACUGCAAGAAUCCACCUUUCCUUGAACAGACACUUCUGGGUCUUUUCUUUCUCCCCAUAACUGCUCCAGAGGGUGGUGUGGUCAGGGAUUUGCACCAACAACCCACAGCAGGCUGUAGAGUUGGGGUGUUGUUAUUUUUUGCUUUGCAGAGAGGAUCCACAAGGAUGGAGCGAAUUAAUCUCCACCAGCCUCUUCUGGGUUAAAGGGAUGCUGUCUCCCCCACCCACCCAGGUGCAAAAUUGUGCUGCUGCAACUGAGAUCACUGCUAAUAAUUCAUCAGGGACUGAUUUUUAUUUUUAUUUUUUGGUUGUUGACAGGGUGUGACUUUCAUCAUGACAAACACUAUUUUUAUUUUGCCUUACAGUCUUUUCAAGGAAGCCAGGGCCGGGCCUAUCUCUUCAAUUCAGUGUAAGUGUCUGGGAUCCACCCCCCACUCCCCUCUCCGUUGUCACUGUUGUCGUCAGAAAGGGAGAGGCGGAACCUUCCGCCCUCCAGAUGUUGCUGGAAUACAACUCCCAUCAUCCCUUUGCGUUGGCCCAUGCUGGUUGAGGAUGAUGGGAGUCCGAGUCCAGCAGUGUCUAGAGAGUCAUGGGUUUCCCCAUCCCUGCCCUUUCUGGUUAACAAGCCAAUGACUGCUUGAAGUGGCAUGAUCCUGAUUUAUGCAAAUAAGAACAGAGGUGUGCUUAGUGAGGAGCACAGCUGCUGCAGCAAAAUGGAACUGGAUCUGCAAAUCAAAACUUCUCUCUUCCUUCUUCCCACAUUUGCAGAGUUAAUGUGGGCUGUGGCCCUGCAGAAGAACGGGUUUUGCUAACAGGACUGCAUGCGGUUGCUGACAUUUACUGUGAAAACUGCAAAACCACGCUGGGCUGGAAAUACGUGAGUGUUGUUGUUUCUUAAAAUCUUGUCCCCUUUGGCCCUUCGUUCAAUGCGCUCUACUGCAAUGCGCUCUAUGUGGGGCUACCUUUGAAGGUGACCCGGAAACUACAACUAAUCCUGAAUGUGGCAGCUAGACUGGCGACUGGGAGCGGCCGCCGAGACCACAUAACACCGGUCUUGAAAGACCUACACUGGCUCCCAGUACGUUUCCGAGCACAAUUCAAAGUGAUGGUGCUGAUCUUGAAAGCCCUAAACGGCCCAGUAGACCUGAAGGAGCGUCUCCACCUCCAUCGUUCUGCCCAGACACUUGAGGUCCAGCGCCGAGGGCCUUCUGGUGGUUCCCUCGCUGCGAGAAGCCAAGUUACAGGGAACCAGGCAGAGGGCCUUCUCAGUAGUGGCACCGCCCUGUGGAACGCCCUCCCACCAGAUGUCAAAGAGAAAAAUAACUACCAGACUUUUAGAAGCCAUCUAAAGGCAGCCCUGUUUAGGCAAGCUUUUAAUGUUUAAUAAAGGUAAAGGUAAAGGGACCCCUGACCAUUAGGUCUAGUCGUGGCCGACUCGGGGGUUGCAGCGCUCAUCUCGCUUUACUGGCCAAGGGAGCUGGCGUACAGCUUCCGGGUCAUGUGGCCAGCAUGACUAAGCCGCUUCUGGCGAACCAGAGCAGCGCACGGAAACGCCGUUUACCUUCCCGCCGGAGCGGUACCUAUUUAUCUACUUGCACUUUGACGUGCUUUCGAACUGCUAGGUUGGCAGGAGCAGGGACCAAGCAACGGGAGCUCACCCUCUCGCGGGGAUUCGAACCGCCGAGCUUCUGAUCAGCAAGUCCUAGGCUAUGUGGUUUAACCCACAGCGCCACCCACGUCCCUUUUAAUGUUUAAUAGGUUAUUGUAUUUUAGUGUUUUGUUGGAAGCCGCCCAGAGUGGCUGGGGAAACCCAGCCAGAUGGGCAGGGUAUAAAUAAAUUAUUUAUUAUUAUUAUUAUUAUGAUGAUGAUGAUGAUGAUGAUAACUGGAAUCUCCUUUUAUUUUUAGAGGGCGAGCUGUAGCUCAGUGGCAAAGCCCUUGCUCUGUAUACAGGAAAGUUCAAUUCCCUGGCAUCUCCAGAUAGGGCUGGGAAUGUCCCCUUCUUGCCCGAAACCUAGGGGAGAGCUGCUGCCGGUCAGUGUAGACAGUACUGAACUAGAUGCACCAACGUUCUGAUUCUGCAUAAAACACAUGCUUUAUUCCUGAGACAAGGUCUUUUUCUGAAUACCAGCUAGCUGAUCCUUCUGGCAGUGUGGUGAAGCCUGCUCUGGCUUUGAGCUGUGCGAAAGACCCGAGAGAGGUGCACUCUUCCUCAGCGAGGCUGGAGUUGGGGUUGGCUGCUGAGCAGCUGGGGAAGUUAGCAACAUUUCAGCCUCUGGGAUAAAUCCGUGAACUUGAUCCUGUUGCAAAAGGGACCUUGGGAGUUCACGCCAGCCAGGCGCUAAAACCCUCAGUCCUUUGAACAAUCGGAUUAUGUUUCCAAAACAUGGUUGGGCAGUUCAGGAACAAAAAAGAAAAAGUGAGCCUCUGUAAAUUUCCUUCCAAACCUCUGCUAAUACACAAUGUUUAGAAAAGACCCACAACUUUUGCACACUGGGUUUUCCAUUUCGCACUGGAGCUGUACUGUCAGAUGAUGAUCACAGUUACCAUAGUAAUGCAAGAGGGGUGGGAAAUCUCCUGGGCCCACCUGACCUCCUUCCCUAACCUGGUGCUGUCCAGAUUCCUUACUGAAGAGCUGUAGCUCAGUAGAGUUUGAGUUUGGACUUGAUAUCCCGCCUUUCACUACUCUUUAAGGAGUCUCAAAGCGGCUAGCAAUCUCCUUUUCCCUUCCUCCCCCACAACAAACACUCUGUGAUGUGAGUGGGGCUGGGAGACUUCAGAGAAGUGUGACUAGCCCAAGGUCACCCAGCAGCUGCAUGUGGAGGAGCGGGGAAUCGAACCCAGUUCACCAGAUUACGAGUCCACCGCUCUUAACCACUAUACCACACUGGCUCUCAGUGUGUAGUACAGUAUCUUCUUUGCAUGCGGAAGGUAUUCGAUUCGGUUUCCGGACACCGCAGUCCCUGGACUGAGACCCAGGAGGAACUUCGUUCCUUUUCCUUGUUUUGAUUCUGUCUCUUUCCCUUUCCAGGAACACGCUUUUGAAAGCAGUCAAAAGUAUAAGGAAGGCAAAUACAUCAUUGAAUUAGCUCACAUGAUCAAGGACAAUGGCUGGGAUUGAAUGGCGAGGAGACGCACGCCGAACACGGGCGAGAGAGAGAGGGAGUUUGUCAUCCUACCGAACAUUUUAUCUCUCGGAAAACCCCACACAUAUAUAUAUGAGCGAGUGACUGACAACCGUUUGGUUCCAUGCGUUUGGGGGCUUGUCGUCGUCAUCGUCGUGUUGAGAUGCUUCCUCACAGAACCCUUCCUGCCAUCCUUAGCGGUGACCGGCCUCGAUAACUUCUGUCUCUCUUUGCUUUUGUCUCUUGUUUGUGAGUUGACUUCUGGUCCCCUUCCUCCUCCCCCACUCCCCUGCCCAGCUCCCUUACUCCUCUGUGUUCUGGCAUUGGGGGUGCGUAUAGAUGUAAGGAGGACUCGAACUCGGUGCCCCUCAAAACCGUUUCCUAAGUGACAUUGUCUCAGUACAAACUGAAGGUUGGUUUUGGGGUGGUGUGUGUGUUUUUUAAUCCAAGGGUCCCGACACGAGGGAAGGAGUGCUGGGUCUUCAGACGUCGGGCGCGCAGGAGAGUUGCAUCGCCCCUACCCCUUUCCCCGCUUGGCCUUUUAAAAAAAUUCCUGGUCAACUAUGGCUUGAAACUUGUGGACCGCAGAAAAAAAUAUAUAUACCUCAUGGCUGUAUCCUGUCUGCAUCUCAAAGACUGUAGCCUAAAAACUUGUCGCUAGUGGCAUCCCCAGACUGGUCUGUGUUCCUCGUUUGAUUGCUUGUUUCUUUUUAAGUGAUCCCUUUGGAUUUUUUGUCCUUUUCGUACUAAUGUGUGAUUUGAGAGGAGGGGAGUGUAAAAACAGGUCCCGGGCCUAGCCCUCCCUGGCCUCCUGUUCCCCAGUGAGCAAGCCCACCCAAACACUGAGGUGCUGAUGUUGGGAGAUCGGAAACCCUUCGCCAUUUUCUUCCUACGACGUUGACCCUUCAAGUGCAGGAAGUGUGCCCCGCUUCAAAAUUGAAUGGCGCGAAUACAUUUGAGGCGGGCGGGGGAGCAAGGAGAACAAGGAGGUGGUGAUCUAUAUCCUUAAUCCUUAACAAAAUUGCUGGCAGUUUUGCAGCCUCCUGACUGCUUGAUUUUUUUUUUGCGGGGAGGGGGGCUGACUGGUCUCACUAGGAUGAUGGAAACAAGCCUGGAUCGCUUCUGCAGGUGAUAAGUUGGACGACCUGCACUUGUGCUGUUAAGUGUGACUCUUAAAACGAACAAAAACACAACAGGGGUGAUGGACUCGGGCAGUAACAAAUGUUUCAGAGCCUAAGUGUGUGUUAAGUUCUGGUUCAGCAGUUGGGGGGGGGGGUUCUGUGAGUGUUUUGAACAGAAGCAGCUCCGAAAGAAGCAGAGGCACUCUUAAAAACCUCCAGGUGGAGAACCCUGCAGCCUCCCCAGGUGUCGUUGGACUCCAGUUCCCAGCAGCCAGCAUGGCCCAAGGGUCAAGGAUGAUGGGAGUUGUAGUCUAGUAGCAUAUGGAGGGCCACAGUUUUCCCCUACUCUGUUAAGUAGUGUUCUCGGUGCGAGAGAUAGAGGAAUGGCUCUGUAUAGAAGAGGGGAGAGUUCACAAACGAUGGCGGGCCAUUUUAGCCUGCCCAAAUCUGGGGCUACUGCCAAAAUUGCCCUUCCCACUUGGGAAGGAGUCAUGCUGUCUUACUCCUGAUGUUGCACCAAGGUUCAGUGGCCAUCAGAAAGCAGCCGGGCCUCAGUUUCCCAAUGCAAGGCCUGUGAGAAUCCUUGUCUGCCUCUCCCUACCCACUAUACUAGAAGAAAUGGCUGUCUCCAUUGGAUCUGGCUAAACAUGUUAACUGUCUGUUAAGAUUUGCAGGGUGUGUGUGGAAUAUUACUUGCCAAUGUUCUAUGUCGGGCCAGGGUGGUGCAUGGCUGAGGGGUAACCUUCUUUUGAAUCACUCCUGUUUUGCUUCAAGGCCUCCCUCUGGUCACGUUAAGGGGUCUUUUUUGUGGAGGGGACACAGGGGCCGCAAGGGGAAUGCUUUGAGAGCCCCCCGUUUUUUGCAUUUCAGUGCAUUGUCAAUGACACUGUGAAUUUGCAUUCUGCAUCAAAGCGACUCCGGUGUCCGACAAGUGAAGUCAGGCUGAAUUUGUACACAUCUAAAUGAAUUCCUUUCCAUCCUCCGCCCCCCCCGGCCCCUGGCUGCCUCUCUCUUUUUCUCAUUCACCCCCCCCCCUUGCUUUAUUGGUGGAAAUCUUCUCAUGUAGGUUAAUCUGCUCUGCAAAUCUGUCGCAAUCUGCUAGCAAGAAAGAGAUCUAGUAUAGCCCAUGGUGUGGAUUUUUGUUUUUGUUUGUUUUGGUCAGGGCAAGCGUUGAGAACCAUCCGGUUUUCAUGGCCUUCUGUUGGGAUUCCUUUUUCUGCGGCAGAAACUCAGGUUAUCAGCAGUGGGGGGGGGAUGCCCGCUUGAGAGUGGUAAGCAAAGAGAAGAUUUGGGGUGAGGAGGAGGGAAUUAGGUUCAGUCACUAAUGUUUGCCGAUUAAUUGGCUCUGAUGGUGCAAGAGAAUCACCCCCAUAAUCUUUGAGCAAAACACUGCAUUUCAGGGUGCAGAUCUGUCUGUAGGGCAAGAUCCACGAAUUGCUGACUUUGCAGAUGAAAGGAUAAGCAGGAGUCUUGAUACAUCUCCACACCACCUGUUUACAUUCUAGUCCUAAUAACAGUGCAAUACCCAGUUUGGACUUGGGAAGUCCAGUCUCUCAAAAUCCAAGCCUGUUCCACUACAAGCGUCUGUUGUUUACCUGACAGGACACCCCAUUCUUAUUAAGUGUGGCUGCAGCCCAUGCCUCUCUCUAAACCAUUUGAUAUUGGAAGCACCCUUUGGGCUGUCCCUUCUGAGAUCUAGUUUCAGUCUUCCUGCUCUGCUAAAACAUUAACCUCAAGUGCUUCUUAACGUUUGCUAGAUUUUGCUGCUAAAUCACCCAUCACCUGCUCGUAGAGUACAGACUCGCGUGACAGCGUUUUGUGUUUGGUAAUGGAAGAGGGAAGCAAAAGUAGAUGCCCAAAACUACUUGUGGGGAAACUGAGGCCUUCUUGGACGUUGUUGGACUCCCAUCGUCCCUCACCAUUGGCCAUGCUGGCCGCUGGGGCUGCUGGGAGUUGGAAGCCCAUCAGCAUCCAGAUGCCCUCCCCCCGGUGAUUUUGAGUUUAUGCUCAAAAACACUGUGUUCUGAAUCAAUGGCUUUUGGAAAUCUGAUUUCUCUCUCUUUACAGCGUGACCAAAGAACUUGGCUAUUUUUUUUUUGUCCCCAAGUUAGUUGAUAGGUACCAUCCUUUCCUGAUGGGUAGCAGACUGCAGAGGUCAGCCGUUGUCUCCUGGGGGACGGGGAUUAAAAACGAGCAUUAAGCAAUGAGAGUCGAAGUUAUCUCCUGAUCAUGAGGACCAGGGCCAUUUCCCCCCUGAAUCCUACAGGUUGUAGGUGGAAACACCGUCCCUGUCUCAUAGUGAGUUCCCCUUGGCUGAUGGAAAGAAUAGAUCUUGCAUUAUAUCCCUCUGACUUGCAGAAUUUGAUAGGGUUAUUCCUCCCCUUGCCCAUUCCACUUUGUUCUUCCUUAGGGUUCCUGGAUCAUAUAAAAAUGACACCCUGAUAAUAAUAUCUACAUACCAUACAAGGCAGUAGCAUAUGUACUUUUUAUGUUAAUAAUGUUGAAUUUAAAAAAUAAUAUAUAUAUGUGGUGCUUUUACACCCCUCCGGCCCCCCCACCAAACCACUUUUGCGUGUUAGUUUUGAAUUUUUCUAAACUUUUAUUCUCUCUCUGUCUUGCAAACUAUUAUUUAAAGGGAAAUAAUGCAGAUGUUAGGCAGAUGUUUGUUAGCAGGGAGUUGCAUUCAAAUCAAACAAGACCUUAAGAAAUGCAGGGCAGGGAAGAAACUAAAAUACAGCCAGUUUCGUGGUUAAUGAGAAGCCCAUUGGAACGUCUGGAGGCAAGGAUUCAUUUUUAAGUAUAUAAAUAAAUUCAGGGACGCGCGGUAAUUCACACUCUUGAAUGUAGACAGAGACAGAUGUUGAAAUAAUUCCUUGUCUUGGGACUUCCAUUUGAGUGUAUAUAGGUUGCUCCUGAUAAUCUCAGUGAGUGCCGUUCAAUGGCUUACGCUAUGCUGCUAACUUUUGCAUGAUGUUGUUUUAAAUCUUGUGCCUUUUCGUCUUUCAAAGUCUCUGUCUUUGGAGCACCCUCAUCGUUGUCCCAGAGAGAAGUGUGGAAAACAUGUUUGUACGAUGUAGCAAUUGGCGUGUUCAGAUUUGAAUCUGGGGAACAUGUUUUCAAAUCAGACACUCGAGUGUCAAAAGAGCUCCCUGAAUAUCUUCAGGAAAGGCCAUCUUUCAGUGCUGUUGUUAGGAUAAAAUGGGAGCAGACCCUCAUAUAUAUUUGUCAAGGCAGGGCCAAACGAGGUGUCAAAAGAAAGAGAUUGAAGAUAUAAUUCUAACUCCAUUAACAUAAGCUGGACUUUCAUUGAUUUCAGUUGGGAUGUGACUUGUACCUACAUCUGAAGGGGCAGGCAUUUGUCACGGCUAAAGCGCAAGGUAGGCAAAAACAGAUGUUGAGCUAUACUUAGAAGCAAGGAAGUUUAGGUUGUGGUUUGGAAGGAUUUAAAUAGCACCAGGCUGUCUAGUCUUUUGUGUCCAGGGUUGAUAACGGUGGGGUGUUAGAGGGAAGCCUCAGUUUGGGAAAUCUCUCAAGACUCACUGGGAUUGUCUGCUUCCUUAAAGUAGAUUCCUGAGCCACUCUAUGACUGCUUUCUAGUUUCUGAGCUGCCUGAUCUUCUUGUCAAGGGACACCCUAGGAACACCUCAGCCGCUGCAAACCUGUGGCCCGGGCCUUAGGCCAUAUCUGCACCAUACAUUUAAAGCUCUAUGGUACCACUUGAGGCAGUCAUGGCUUCCCCCAAAGAAUUCUGGGAGCCUUAGUUUGUCAUGGGUACUGAGAGCAGUUAGGAGACCCUCUAUUCCCCACUCAGAACUACAGUUCCCAGAGUUCCCUGGGAAGAGGGAUUGGUUGCCAUAUUUCAAAAGGUAAAAUUCCUGACACCCGCAAAGUUGUCAGCUUUUUUGGGGGGGGGAACAAAAAUCACACAGCACAUGUUUUGGGCACCGCGUGAAAUCGCAACCCCCCAAAAAACACAUUUUACGGGAGAAAUCAUGCCGCGAGAUCACAGCAACCCAAAUGGCCACUGUUCUCUUGCGAUAAGAAACAGGGAGGCCCUUCCUCCCCCCCCCCCGGGUCACUUGAGGGGUAUGUUAAAAUGUUAUAACACUGCUUUUAAAUGCUGGGUGCGGAUGUGGCCUUGGCCUAGCUGAGACCCUCAUCUGGACCUGGGAAGAGUUCUUGAAAGACACUGUCUUCUUUCCUCCUUUCUGGCGUUGUAGGCUAACAUGGACAGUUCUCUAUCCAAAAAGGAGUGGAUUACGGUAGUUGUGUCAUUCCCUUCGGCCUGACUGACAGCCUAGGGAACAUCAAUGGCUCUCCGGACACGGCUAGUGGUGUUGGGGGUGAAGGGAGUUUUUGUCCAUCAACAUCUCUCUCCCCUCUAUCCCUGUCAUCAGUGGGAGCAGCCACAACCAGUGAAACCACCCUCUCCACUGCCCCAGAGAAGCCCAUCUCUUGUGUGUCUCUGCAUGAGUCUGCGUUCAGCAUGUGCCUCCCCUACCGCAAGAGAGGUGCAACAGGCACCCCAGUCAUUGGACUCGCCAGGUCUUAAUUUCUCGCACCGCCCCAGACUUUCCCUCUGGACGCAUUAGCUAGGUUCCGCUGCACGAUGCAGGAAUGAUUUCGUAUCGAAACUUGUCUAUGAUUUAUUUAUUUUGUUAUAUGUUUACCGUGGAGGGGCGGGAGGGAGGUACCAUGUAGAUUUUCUUGCCUUAGGCACCACCAAAUAUAUUGGGCCACCUCUGUCUAUAUGUCUGUAUGUAGAGACUUCCUCUGAACCAGACCAAAGAAUCAAUUUCAGAGCUUGUUCAUUGCCUCCGGAGUCACUAUAGCACUAGCAAUGGCCGUGCUCUGUUCACAACAAGAAGUAGCUCAUGAAUCUCUGCUGCCGGAUUUCCAUAAAUCUCUGUUUUACCAGGUGAACCAUCUAAUUCUGUAAGGCGAAUACUAUGGAAACUGUCUUCUAGAAUGAGGCUUCAAGUGGCAGGCAGCAUAGCAAGGCAAGUGAGUUGGCAACAUAGAUUGUCCUUUUUUAAAAUAAUAAUAUCUCCAAACAGCACAAGCUGCUUCCUGUCCUGUUCUUUAGUCAUCGGUCUCUGUAUUGUAAGCAGGCCUCCUGUUUUAGGUUUUUGGGGUGUGCGGCAGCAGAUAUUGUCUAGGGUUGCCACCUUUUUUUAACAGCACCCUCACACACACACACAAGUUUGCAAUCAGAGCAAAAUUUCUCAGCAUGGGGAGGAACUAGUGGGGGGGGUCUUUUUCCUCCCCUCAUGUGUCAUCUCAGUGGCUCUAUUUAGCUGUCAUUUAAAGGCGCAGGAGCAGGGUCAGAAAGAAAAGGUGGCAACCUCUGAUUCUAUCCCUUUAGGCUCUCCAGCUGGUUUGGGACUACAACUCCCAUCAUCCCUAGCUAACAGGACCAGUGGUCAGGGAUGAUGGGAAUUGUAGUCCUAAAACAGCUGGAGGGCCAAGUUUGGCCAUCACUGUUCUAGAUUCUGGCGACAUGUUUACAUCUCUGGCGUUAAUGGGUCUUUAUUUUUUUCCGUCGCUGUUAAGUCUUUCCUUUUACCCCAGUUUUGAUUGCUCUAUAAAUCUCCCAAGUGGACCAACAGCACAAAUGAUUGGAUUGCGCUUUGGCAAUAUGACUCUUUGGCAGUAUGCUUGAUCAAUGCUGCAUGUGCUUCAUUUCUCCCCACGUCCUGCCCCUUCCCAUAAAACUUUCUGGUGCACACACAUUUUAAAUGACAAAACAAGCAGGUGAAAUCUCUUGUUCCUCGUGUUCACAUAUUGGUUUGUUUGUUUUUUAUUCCUGUGUGUAUGUCUGUGUUUUCGGACUGAGAUAAUUAUGUAUUAAAUAUACAUUUCAUGGUAUCAUUUCAAGGAUGAGGAAGAAUCGCACUUCCCACCACACAUAAACCCCAGCUUUGUGUCGCUCAUGAUGAAAGAAAUGAAUGAGUAGCUGAAGAAAUGCUUUACCUGUCUGAGAGAAAACCGGGGAGUGGAAUGUUCUGGAAUAUUUGUUUGUGUGUUGACUUUCAGGAAUCUUUUUUUAAAAGAAAAAAGAAAAAGGAAGUUGAAUGCUGGAAAACGGUUGAAGGAGAAAACAAAUGGUUUUUAACUUUAAAUUUUAAAAAAACCCUGCACACUUAACUGUGAGCAGAAUAGCAUUAUGGGUAAGAUACAAUGGGCACCUUAAUGCUUUCUUCAAAUGAAGCAAAUAUAUUUCCAAUACCAGCCUGUCGUGUUGACGCCCUUGUGUUUACAAACUGUGUACAUAUUUCUUGGGUUUUUGUUUUAUUUGUAUUUUAUUUUUAUUGUUUGGCAUAUUCUUCAGGUCGUUUUUUUGCUUCAGUAAUAAAUGUUUUUAAUUGUUUUGGGGUUUUCUUUUUUGGUUUUUUUUGGGGGGGUCUUCACCUCGUCAUGUCCUUUGUAUAAUUGUACAUAGUACUUCAGUAUUAGAAGGAAGGAAGCAUUUGUUGACCUAUUUACGAUAUGUGUUGGUGCUCAUUUGGAAGAGAAAAAAAAUAAAAUAAAAGUUUUCCAAUAUUAAAAAGCCA